UGAAAAAAGAAGCAGAAUUGGUCCCUAGGAUCUCUCUGGAUUUUUCUCCUCUAUUCUCACUUUUUCCUUUCUGUUGGAUUUAAAAUCAAUCAGUCAAGGAAUCGAUUGAUUGAUCAGCAGCUGCAGUAGAAGAACAUAAGUGGAUUUAUUGUUUUAGUUGUAUUUUUUUUUUCAGAUGUAAGAUGCGGAGAAGUAGUUGUGUGUAAAAAAGAGGACGGAGCUGAUGAGGAUCACAGCGACACCAAACUGAUCAAUCGAUUAAGGAUGAUUAUCGGUGUUCGAAGCUGAGAGGGAAACAGUGAAGAUGUACGAGGAGAGGAGCAAAAGUAAGAAACAUUUCUGCUUCUGUUUCUAUUUUAUCUACAGCUGAAAGAGCUGGGUUAACUGAGUUUCACUGUAAUCACUGUCAUCAGAGUUACUCUCUGAGCAGCUGAAACCAUCCAUCAACCCCUUUUCAUUUGAUAAUCGAUUAAUUGUCUUCAUCAGUUUUAAAGUAGGACAGUCCCGCAAAUAGCUGUCAGCCUCUGAAAUGUUUCCAGAUUUUAAACUCCUAUCCCUAAAUGAGUGGUUUCUGUCUCAUUUCAACCCCAUUUAUAAUAAAAUAUUCUCGAUUUGUUCUCUGAGAAACGAAGAUGAACACUCUCUAAACUUUCAGAUUCAUCAAUCAUGAAAAUAAUCGAUUUUUAGAGGGUUUCUAUUUGCAAAAAGCAAAAUAUUUAUGGAUCUGCAGAAUACCAGAGAAUCAAAUGUGGUCUAACAGUGAUUAUUGCUGCUUAAAUACCAAAUAAUUAUUAAAUAAAUAUGCAGGAAUUUAAAAAUAUACACUCUUAACCUCGAGCUGACCCGGGUUGAAGUAAACGUUUAAAUAUGUGUUGAAUAUCACAGUUUAAGGUUUCCGUUUGCUUUAUUAUCAGGUGAUUAUUAAACAUAGAAACCUGGUGUGUUAAAGUAUCUGUCCUCACACAUGUGAUUUAAUAACACUGUCAGUUUGGAGAGUCCAUCCAGGACACGGACUCAACCUUGUUUAGGAUAGGGGAGAUCAGGUAUGGUUGCAACACUGUUUGCUUCAGCACCUGUGACUCACAUCCAUACAAAGGAUCCACUACAACCAGUUAAAUCAGUUUAAACCUCGUUAUCCAUACAGGGUGUCUCUCUUAUAACCUGCAGCCACAAAGAGGUUUACUGUAAGAGGAGAAAAAUCCAGAAAGGACGACGUCUCUCUAAGAAGACUCGUGUCAUCCCAUCUGUGGUCGAGCCCCUCAUAUUGACUAUGAUGACGAGUUUUAGGGGCGAGUAAAGGCUGGGGCAGUAUCAUGUUUCUAAGAUAAGAAAAAAAAGAGACACAUCACAGACCAUCUCUCUGCAGUUACUCCAGUUUUUAUGGUCUUGUGGCAGAAAUGACCAUCAGCGUCUCUCUGCUGUUCAGAGCUGCUCUGUGAGCUCUAAUCCUGACAGCCAUAGACCCUCACACAGUAAAAGAGGGUCCUGAAAUGAAGCCUGCUGAAAAUGUCAACUUCCUGUUGGUUUACAGCGGAGGAGGGCUAAUCGGUCUGCUGGCACCCUUUAGAUGUUUUUAAAAAUCCAGGAGGUUCACCUUAAAAGACGAUUUCUGUGACACAAACAAAAGUCUCUUCACACUGUGGUGAAAGAUCAACAGAAAGUCAGGGACGUAUCUGUCGUUUAGCCUUUCGCAGCACGUCUUUGAUUUGUAGUGGGGGUUCUUUUCACGUCAGAGGCCUGUACUACGAAGCUGGAUUUGAUCUUUGUGAGACAACGUCUGGAUAACUUCUGGGUUUUCCGUACUAUGAAGGUGGAUUUCUUUCUAUCCGGGUCCGUUGCCUUGGUAACUUGCGUGAACACCAAACCUGCUCUGUAGCAGGUUAUGUUUCAGGAUAAGAUCUCAGCAGGUACAAAAGACCGCCCACUGACCAAACGGAUCUCUUGGAAAAUGGCUUGCCCACUUUUGCCAGAUCCCGUGGACGUCAGUGCGCGUUAGAUCCGUUUGAUUUACUUGAUGACAUUCUCUCUAUGAACGUUCAAGGUUUUCCUUGGACUACCUCAAUAUUCAGGUAGCAUGUAGUCGAAGUAAAGCACUAAUAUUUGCCAAGCUCCAAGUUCCAGUUUCAUGCGGCAUACCUGUCAUCGUUUAGAAUCUAUUAAAGCAGAUUAGAAAACUCCUCUUAAGGUCCUUACACCUUUUUUUAAAACAGCUUAAAGUCAAUGCAAGCUUCCACACCGGCGGCGAUUUCCCCGAGGGGGGAAAAGCGUCUUUUAUUUUUUCGCUCUUGUGUCGAAUUUUUCGGAUAUUCGCAGGUGAAUAUCUGGACCGGCUAGACCCCUGGCCAAUCAAAAGUCAUGUUGUUGAUGAUGUCACAGACCCAUACGGCUGGAGGAGAGGGAGAAGUUUGAGAUUAUGAAAACGCAGAGAAAGACAGCUGAGGUGCAUCCAAAACUCUUUCUAAUUACUAAUGAAGUAGUUUUCUCACAAGAUGACACUCUCUUGUCUUUCUUAGGAGACAGGUGUCAUGCACACUUCACAGGGUGACCGCCUCAUCAUGCCUGAUUCUCCCUCUUAGCUGUUUGACAAACCGAUGAUCUGCAGCUAAAGGGCCAACAGAAUGACCAGACAACUUGAAGGAUCACUGCUCAGCCCUCGCCUCUCCUGGCUGCUGCGGCGUCUCUCACAGCUUUUCCUCCUCUUUCUCCCUCGCUCAUAAUGCUAGACAUGUCAAUCAGCAGCCAUUCACACGACACACACCACCACUGGCACCAAGAGCAACGAUGGGAGAGAGGCUGGUAAUAGCGGUACAGGACCACCCCGCAUCUCCUCUCCUCCGUGCUUUGCGAAAUUUAUACGCAUAUUCGCUUCGCGCCCGGUGUGUAUAGGCGAAAGCGAUUUUUCGGUGAAUAUUUUCGCAUUUUCGUCUCGCUUUUUCGCUUCACUCCGCAAAUUUGCUGGUGUGUAAGGACCUUUAACCCCAAAUGUGUCUGCAGAUGACGUGUGACCAUCAGAUAACGGAGAAAAAAGAAAAGAGCUCUUAACUGGGUGAGGAAAUCAUUGAUGACAUGCUUAAAGGAACUAUGUAUGUACAAAUAAAAUCUAACAAUAAACCUACUAACUACUUUGAAGGAUGUUUUUAGAUGUAAUUUUACUUCCUCCCACAUACUCUUUUCCCAACUGCUGUUACAUAUGAAAUAAUGAGGUCAAAGGUCAUACACACUGCAUCACAACAUAUUAGGGAACCAUAAAUUUUUGAAUGCAGUCCCUCCGUCUUCUAGCGGCUGCAGUAGUUUUGCUCCACGCCGUUAUAAUGUCAUGGUACUCCUUGUUUUUGCGUAAAAUAAUGCUCUGUUCCGCAGCUUGGUCCAGAGGCACUGACCCCGCCCCCUUUAUGUAUGCGCAUGCAGACCGAGGGCUCUAUUUUCGUGUACGCCCGCGAGGCAGUGGAGGGUGGCAGACCCCGCGCAGUUGUAUUUUCGUCUGGCGGAGCCUGGCGUACAGCCAGUUUGGUAUUUUCGUGGACUGAGGCGCACGGAGGUGAACCGAGAUCCGCUAAGCGGGGCAUGGUGGCGUGGCAGGGGGAGGUGUCGACAGAAUCAGCUGGCGCAGUGACAUUUUCGUGCUCGCCAGUGGCGUGCAAAGUGCGCUGAAAGCUCGCCGAUUCAAACCUGGUCAGCUUUCAGCGCAGGCGGAACGCAGCUGGUCCAGUAGUAUUUUGGUAGACCGGCGGCGUAUCGACAUACGUCACUGAUGCCUCACCGGCAGGUUUCCACAGUUUUAGGCACAUUUCAGUGCAAUAAAUAAUCAUCAACAACUAAUAAUCUGAGUCAGCAUAUACAUUUAGAUCUAUAUAGAUAUAUUCUGAUCUAUAUGUGAUCUGAUGAGCGCGUUUGGCACGCGUUUGGACACACAACCUGACCGAAUCAACACAGCUGAAACCGCAUUAAAUUAAACUAAAUAGACAUACGAUGAAGUUAACAAGAUAUGCAAUUUGUCUCCCUCCUUUUCUUUCUUCCUCUUCCUCUUAUUUAAUAAUAAUAAUAUCUUGCAUUUGUAUAGCGCCUUUCAAGAUACCCAAAGUGCUUAACAACACACUACAAUAAACAUAACUAGAUACCAAAAGCCUGGAUUAACAAGUGUCGCUUCAAGAGUCUGUGCUUGGCGAAUCUCAGAGGGGAGAGAGUUCCAGAGAGGAGGGGUGGCCACACCGAAGGCUCUGUCACCGAGGGAAUGGCCUCGCGCAGCUCGACCUGGACGUGUCUCCGUGUCCUCUCAGAUGAUUUGUUUCAGUGAUCAGAUGAGUUAUUUACUUUAAGCCUACAUACGGAUAUUAUAAUAUUCAGUUUUGUGAGCCAAAUUUAUUUUAUAUGCCAACAUCUAUGAAAGAAAGAGCCAGGCCACAGAGCGCGAUGCAUCAUUACGUACAGAUGGUUCUGAUUUUCAUGCCUUUUUUUGAGUUUAUGUUGUGAUCUGUGCGCACAACCCACCUUUGUCACGUGAGGUUUGAAUAUGAGCAACUUUAUGUGAGUCUUUAUUUGUGGAAAAGGGUGUUUGUCUUACCACUGGGUCCAACAUUACACACACCAAAUCCAUCUGUGCUUAUAUGAGACAGUGUGAAGGAAGUCCUCUGCAACGCUUACAGUGACACUUGUUGAGGAGCUGCCCUCUGUCUUCAUCGUGUGGCAUUACUGUCUUCAGACAUCUCUUGAUCUCUUUGACUACUUCACGAAAAUAGUAAUACGCCUCGCCGGUGGCGGAUUUAAAGGCGAGGAGAGGAGCUGAUGUGAUUGGUCAAUACAGGUCUCGGCUGUGUUAAACCCACUCCACGCCAUCUCUCCUCCCUCGCUACGACUUACGCCGCUGGGAGGAGCUGAGUUAGGGAGGGGAGAUACUUACGCCGGGCUGCGCCGCUCACCAAGAUACCAAAUUGUGCUUGGGAACGCCUUGUCGGUGCGGCGGACCUGACUUGGGCCAUGCCUGCGGCACGUCUCCGUCGAGGCACGAAAAUAAAGCCCCUAGACUGGCCACAACUAGAUUCAGUUAUCCAGUUGAUAUCCUGCUUCGUAGUCCAGCUGAUCGGGAUUAUGGAGAUCCGGUGAAGUCGAGCAAGUUGUGGCAGAGUUAUUCUGGGUGUGUUAAUCCAGCUUCAUAGUACAGGCCUCAGGUUUCUGCAUGUUUUUAAACUUGACUCUGGACUCUGGACUCUGAAGGGUUUGACUGGGUCUACCCGGGCUGUUACAGACCCUCUGCCUUUGUCUGCUGCUCUAGUUAUGACUUUAUUAAAACAAUCUAAUCAAAGCAGCUUUUAUUCAGCGACACUUGGAGUCUCAGACUUCGUCCAAUCAGCGGAAGCUUUAGUGUCAUAUUUUAGUCCAAAAUUGAGUUUGUGUCACUUCAGGAAAUCUAUUUCCGCCCAAACAUGGACCUGUUUUUAGACCUGACCUUUGUGUUUCUCGCUGUUUCUGAGGCCACAUAUAAAUUAAGAAGCGAAAAUGUCACCAUCACAUAAUGCUGUGUUUAGAGGUCAUGUUUUUUUUUAAUCUGUGACAGAGACUCACCAACAGCAGACUUGACUGUAGGAAACCAUCAGAGGGGCUCAGAGCUGCAGCAGUCCGGACGUAGUCAGUGUUCGGUGGGUGAAGGACAGAAGGAGCUCAGUAGAUUCACUCCUGAGGUCUUUGAGGUUACGAGGUCACUGCUUUACUCUCCGGUUUACCGUCUGAUCUCUUCACAGAGCUCGAUCAAACUCAGUCUUUUCUUCUUCACAUUCAUGCUCUGGCCCAAAUUCAACAAGAUUAGUAAUAUCUUCUUGGUGAUAUCUUCUGUGACCGAAACUUCGCCUUUAGAGCUGAGAAGUUUACAGCAGGCACACCUCCAGACGCUCCUUAUCUCAGCAUAGAAACCUCCAUCUAUCUGAGGCGAUGCAAAAGUGACAUCAUUAAAAAAAAGAAAAAAAAACUGAAGGAAAUGAUUGAAGGCAUCUGAUGGGGGGGUGCUAUUGCAUUCUUACAACUCCAUAAGAACUGUAGCUUCAGAGAUGUAGUUUUAAAUCUGCAGAUAAUGAAAUGAGACUCCUCUAAACUCUAAACUGCCAGAAAAAAAAUCCUUUUUUCUUCGUUUUUUUUUGAGAGGAAACUACUGCAGGUGAUUCGUUUUUUCUGCGUGGUGAGAGAGGUGGAGAGGAAGGGGACGAAGGGCUGUAGGGGACAGGUUUGAAGGAGGGAACUGAAAACGUACAUAAAGCGGAAAAUCAGAGCCGGCCGCCCAGCUGAAGGUCAUGGCUGAAAUGAAGGACACGGUGGUGCCAUCGAUUGGUUUACCUGCUGCUUCCUUUGACAACAAACACACGUGAGGAAGUGCGCCUCGAUUUCUGCUCCUUAUGUUGAAUCAUUUGACCACGAAUAAACUCAGAGCCUCUCACACCUGUAUCACCAACACAAACAUGACCUUUGACCUUUAUCAGGGCAGAGUUAACAGCACUUGCGCCCUCCAUCAUCAUAAGUGACUCAGUUUAAUCCGCCUGAUCCUGACGGGGAUCAGACUUCUUGCUCUCUGAAUUAAGAUGGCCUCCACAGACCUCCUGAUAGCGUUGUCAUGGAAAUGAGCAUUAACACAUGUGACAUCCUUGGUUGCCAUGGCAGCAAAGUUAAUCUGUCCCUUUUAUGUUCGGCCCCUAAGAUGAGGCUCAUUGUCGAGUUAUCUCAGGGACCUUCAAAGUGAGGUUGAUCUUGAGGAGACAAGAGCCGACAGAAGUCCUUCAAAGUGAUCAGAUACUUGGUUGAUUUCUCUCCGAUCAAAGACGGACGCGCCGGAAAGAGUGACUAUUAAAAGGUCAGAUUUCCUAGUUUCUUUGAACACACUAGCAGAGAGAUUAGCAUGCUGAGGUUUUAGCUGUGCCUAAUAAGAAAAGUUUACGGUGGAUUUAAACUCUGCAGAUCCUCCACCUAAAAGAAACUGAGCGGUUCUGGAGCAGGAGGACUUACUUGGGAAUGUGUGUUAGUGUUAAAAGCCAUAGGGCUCAAUGCUCGGUCCUCUUUUAAUCUUUGUUUUAGAUCCUACCUCGAGGGUCUGGUCUGAGAAGAGUCACGGUUACGAUCACAGUAGUUAUGACUGAUAAAGUUGAAACUGUGGAUAUGGAGAGCUAAAGCGAGGAGAACACACAAGAUUAUAGUUAGUUAGUUAGUUAGUUAGUUAGUUUAUUUGAUCAUCAUCACAGUAUCAAAUGCAAUCAUACAUAUACAAAAUCAUACUUCAUCAAAAGCAGUCUGUAACACUGUUAGGUGAUCAAAAGGAAUAGGCAGAAGCUCGAAGCUUGUAGAUGCCUGUCCUACAUUAUUAUGAUCGACAGUGUUUUAGAUUGAACACACACUGAGACUCUGGAUUGGUUUAUAGUGAGUACAUCCUCAGUUUUCUGUGACAGGUUCCACCAGGAUGAACCACCAAAAAAGCCUCUGUGUAACUCAGUAUUUCUACUGAGACGGAGACUGACCCAAACAAACAAGUGAUCCCGCGAGAAUCUCAUGAAACAUGAGGGUUUUUAUUUUACAGACAGAUCUGAAGAGCCAAACGUCUGAAAGUCCUGUCACACGCUUCACACAGACUGUCACAGUUUUAGUUUUAAAACUGUUGUUAGAAUAAAACAGACUAAUUAGUUUAUGUUUGAGUUACUGAUGCAUAGUGUUGUGUCAUUCAUGAAUGUUUCGUUCAAAAGAACUGAACUGCUGAGUGAACAACAUGAACUGAAUCACUCUGAGACCUGAUUCAUUCCUUUCUCAGUUCGGUUGAGCUCAGUUGCGAGCCUAGCAUGCCGGUCGGGAGUGGAACUGCUGCCUUUAACUCUUUAGUGAAUGACACACAGCCAGCCAUCGAGCGUGCGGAGUCUCGUGAUUCACUCACAGCAAAUGAAUGACAUGUAUCAGUCAGACUGUGAAUGAAACGAACUGUAAGAGCCAUUCACCAUGUAAGAGCUGUUCAUUUUAUUCACCUGGUGUAGUACUCAAUUGAGUCAGUGGGUGUCGCUGUCCUGUGGCACGACCACAGGUAUUUAGGGAACAUUGAUUGAUUUCACCUGUGGUUGGUUUGUUGAUACCGGAAGGGCCAAACGGUUUUUGACCGAUGCGGUGGCGGCUGUGAUAUAUGCUGUAUGAAACGAAGAAAGAGUAUGUAUUCGCUGUAUGCAAAAUAAAUGUGGAUUAUCGUGCAUCCCAGUUGAAACUACCUUUUUUGAACGAAGCUUACGGUAAGCCAUCGGCGUGUCAGCCAGGUGUCCCGGGAGUCAAUCAAACCACGUCAGUUUGGUGUUAGAUCAAGCUGCAACAUUAGUCAAAAACCGUCCACUUUGGACAUGUUUGGAGAAACUCCUGGCACUUUUUUGCCGUGUUACGGAGGCGACAUGGACACGGAAAGCUACCGGUAGCAAACCGCAGCCACGGUUAAAGUGAAGCCAAAAGCGUCUUUAUGCUGCGGGAGGAUCGGGAAGCUUCUGGAUCCCAUCCCAUCCUCCCUCAUCAAGCACUGCCUCCCCGUCAUCUCUCCCAUCAUUACACAGAUCAUCAACUCCUCCCUUAACUCCGCCACUGUUCCCCCUUCACUCAAACUGGCUGCUGUCACCCCCAUCCUUAAAAAACCUGGACUCAACCCCGACGAUAUCAAUAACUUCCGGCCCAUCUCCAACCUCCCUUUCCUGUCAAAAAUCCUUGAGCGUGUCAUUGCAUCACAGAUCAAAGCCCACCUCAACAAUAACAAUCUUCACAAACAGUUUCAAUCAGGAUUCCGCACCCACCACAGCACCGAAACUGCCCUCAUCAAAGUCACAAACGACCUCCUCAUUUCUGCUGACUCCGGCCAACUCUCCAUCCUCAUCCUACUUGACCUCUCCGCCGCUUUUGACACCAUUUACCACGCCAUCCUCCUGUCCCGCCUACACUCCCUCCUCAAUAUCACAGACACUGCUCUCAACUGGAUCCACUCAUAUCUCACAAACCGGAAUCACUUCAUCCACAUCAACAACUGCUCCUCCACAACUGCCCCCGUGUCCCAAGGUGUCCCCCAGGGUUCGGUGCUUGGUCCUCUCCUCUUUAUCAUCUACCUCAUCCCUCUCGGCCACAUCCUCCGUCAACACAAUCUCCAUUUCCACUGCUAUGCUGAUGACAUUUAAUUGUACAUCUCUUCCACCUCCAUCAACCCCCAGACCCAACGCUCCCUCUCAAACUGCCUCACUGAUGUUAAAAACUGGAUGGACAGCAACCUUCUAAAGCUCAACUACAACAAAACAGAUCUCAUCAUCAUUGGCCCCAAAAUCCCUCACCUCCACAGUCACAGACUUUCAUCUCUCCAUUAACAACUCCACCCUCUCCCCCUCCCCCCACUGUCGCAACCUUGGUAUUCUCUUUGACAGCAACCUCACCUUCACACAGCAUGUUAAGCAAAUCACCAAAACAGCCUACUACCACCUCAAAAACAUUGCCCGCCUCCGCCCCUCCCUCUCCUACUCUGCAGCUGAAACCCUCAUACAUGCAUUCAUCUCAUCCCGUCUAGACUAUUGCAACAGUCUCCUCCACGGCACUACCUCCACUCUCCUCAAUAAACUUCAGCUCAUCCAGAACUCUGCCGCCCGCCUCCUCACCCAUACACGCUCCCACCAACACAUCACCCCCGUCCUCCAGAGCCUUCACUGGCUCCCCAUCCCCCAUCGCAUUCAGUACAAAAUCCUCCUUCUCACCCACAAAGCACUCCACAACCAGGCCCCCCCCUACCUGCAAGAUCUUCUCCACCCCUACAUCCGCCCCGCACCCUCCGCUCCGCCGAUGCCAACCUCCUCACAGUUCCCUCGACCAAGCACCGAACCUGGGGGGACAGAGCAUUCUCAGUCACCGCCCCCAACCUAUGGAACUCACUCCCACUGGACCUCAGAAACUGCUCCAACCAUACCAGAUUCAAAACCCAGCUCACCCCCCCCCCCCCCCCCCCCAUCGAUUGUUGAUUUUACCUGAUUUUAGUUGAUUUUAAUUGAUAUUGAUGUAUUUUAUUGUAUAUUGAUGUAUGAUUUUAUUCAUGUACAGCGUCUUUGAGUCUGUGAAAAGCGCUUUAUAAAUAAAAUUUAUUAUUAUUAUUAUUAUUAUAUAAGCACAGCUGGAUUUGGUGUGUGUAAUGCUGGACCCACUGGUAAGUCAAACACUCUUUUAAACAAAUAAAGUCACUCACAUAAAGUUGCUUAUAUUUUAACCUCACAUGACAAAGGUGGGUUGAGCGCACAGAUCACAACAUAAAUUCCAAUAAUGGCAUUAAAAUCGGAACCAUCUGUGCGUAAAUGACACAUCACGCUCUGUGGCCUGGCUCUUUCUUUCAUAGAUGUUGGCAUAUAAAAUAAAUUUGGCCCACAAAACUGAAUAUUAUAAUAUUUGUACGUAGGCUUAAAGUAAAAAACUCAUCUGAUCACUGAAACAAAUCAUCUGUUCAGCAGCAGCAGCAGCAGGACAGAGAGAGGACACGGAGACAUGUCCAGGUCGAGCUGCGUGAGAAAUAAGAGGAAGAGGAAGAUAGGAAAGGAGGGAGAUAAAUUACAUUUCUCGUUAACGUCAUCAUGUUUGUCUAUUUACUAGAUAUUUAAUUUAAUUUAAUGCAGUUUCAGCUGUGUUAAUUCGGUCAGGUUAAGUGUCCAAACGCGUGUUAAAUGUGCUCAUCAGAUCAGAUAUAGAUCAGAAUAUAUCUAUAUAGAUCUAAAUGUAUGUGCUGACUCAGAUUAAUAGUUGUUGAUGGUUAUUUAUUGCACUGAAAUGUGCCUGACACUGUGGAAACCUGCCGGUGAGGAAUCAGUGACGUAUGUCGAUACGCCGCCGGUCUAUCAAAAUACCACUAGACCAGCUGCGCUCUGCCUGCACUGAAAGCUGACCAGGUUUGAAUCAGCGAGCUUUCAGCGCACUUUACAUGCAGGUGGCGAGCACGAAAAUGUCACUGCGCCAGCUGAUUCUGUCCACACCGCCCCCUGCUGCGCCACUACGCCCAGCUUGGCGGACCUCGGUGCGCCUCAGUCCAUGAAAAUACCAAACUGGCUGUAUGCCGGGCUCUGCCAGACGAAAAUACCACUGUGCGGGAUCCGCCACCCUCCACAGCAUCGCCGGCGGACACGAAAAUAGAGCCCAUUGUCUUGAAUCUUUACAAUCAGCCACGAUCGGAGGAUACGACCUUUUCGUGGCUGUUCGGGAUGCAGUGGAAAUUGGGGGUGAGGUGAUCUAAUCUGAUCAUAAUCAAGAAUCAGAAGUAUGACCUGCAGUUCAGCAAACAGGUCGAUAGUAAACAUGGAGGCUGCUGGACUGGAGCCUGAUCUUAGCUUCAUUAGCAGCCUGCUAACCAGUGCUAACACAGAUAAUCAGUGCAGAUAACCCAGACCUCUGCACACAGGGACAGCUGCUUCUGUUUCUGCUUCAUUUUUUCCCCUUGUCUAAAUUUACACCAAGAGCAUGAUGGGAAAUACUCUCAGCAGAUAUUCUAGCUGAAUAUAGAAUCAGUGAGAGGUCAUUUUAGACUCUCAAAAGGACAGAGGUUCAAACGGAAUAUGAAUAAGAGGAAAAACAAAGAACUCUAUCUGGAUUUUCAACGGUCCAGAUCGGCUCAAUAAUCAUCAUGAACAUAGUGCUGAUGGAUCAAUGACGUUUCUGCGUCUCCAGACUCUGAGCUGUUGCGAGUCUGUGAUGUGAGCAGUGAAGAAGAAGAAGAAGAAGAAGAAGAAGCGCCCCAAACAUUCACUAAAUGAACUGAUGACCUUCCAGCUGGACCAGGCUGCAGGGCAGCAUGACACACACACACACACACACGUACACACACACACACACACACACACACACACACACACACACACACACACACACUUAAGAGACAGGGCAGUGAAAAGUAGAAAGUUAACAAGGCGAGUGGAGAGUUGUGUGCAAGUGAUGGAAUGCCCCACUACACACACACACACACACACACACACACACACACACACACACACACACAUGCACACUGUGUUGUCACGAUGAUAUGAGUUGACUCAGGGUAAUUCAGGGAUAAUUAGUCGGUUCUCGUCAUCCUGCGGGUGAAGCAGCUCCUCCACAGGAAGAAACAACGUGACCCACAGUCAUGUGACCUGCAUCGCCUGAACCUCGGCUGCUGAUUGGACGGAUGACAAACCUGCUGGGAUGCUGCCCGCUCUAAGCGCAGUAAAACAGAGACUGUGAAGAACUGUUGUAUUUUUGUGUUUCAGUCUCAGCUGACGGUUUCCAGGGUUUAGACUGAUCCCGCCCUGUUAGACGAAGAGAUAAUCCAUCUCAGGCAGCAGCAAACAGGAAGCUUCUUUGUCCUGUCACAUGAUCGCUGCGAUGUGAUGGCGCCGACAGCAGAGGAUCCAUCCACACUCAGGUUGAAAUCUCUAUAACCAGAAACUCUGUAGACUUUUUAAAUACAUACACUGAGUAGUACUGCACUACUGCCUUACAGUUGUGCUCAUAAGUUUACAUACCCUGGCAGAUUCUAUGAUUAUUUGGCCAUUUUUCAGAGAAUAUGACUGAUAACACAAAAACUCUUUUUCCACUCAUGCUUAGUGGUUGGGUGAAACCAUUUAUUGUCAAACGACUGUGUUUUCUCAUUUUAAAUCAUAAUGACAACAAAAAUUACCCAAAUGACACUGAUCAAAUGUUCACAUACCCUGGUGAUUUUGGACUGAUAACAUGCACAGAAGUUGACACAAAUGGGUUUGAAUGGCUACUAAAGGUAACUAUCCUCACCUGUGAUCUGUGAUCUGUUUGCUUGUAAUCAGUGUGUGUGUAAAAAGCUGAGUGAGUUUCUGGGAUCCAGACAGACUCUUGCAACUUUCAUCCAGCCACUGACGUUUCUGAAUUCUGAGUCAUGGGGAAAGCAAAAUAAUUGUAAAUGGAUCUACCGGAAAAGGUAGUUGAACUGUAUAAAACAGGAAAGGGAUACAAAAAGAUAUCCAAGGAAUUGCUAAUGCCAGUCAGCAGUGUUCAAACUGUGAUUAAGACAUGGAAAAUCAGGGGCUCUGUUAAAACCAAAUGGUCAGGUAGACCAACAAACUGUCAGAAAAAUUGAUCGGGAUGCAAAGAAAACCCACAGAUAACAUCUGCUGAAAUACAGGACUCUCUGAAAACUAGCGGUGUGGCUGUUUCAAGAGGCACAAUAAGGAGGCGCUUAAACAAAAAUGGGUUGCAUGGUCGAGUCGCCAGAAGAAAGCCAUUACUGUGCAAAUGCCACAAAGUGUGUCGCCUACAAUACGCCAAACAGCACAGAGACAAGCCUUAAACUUCUGGAACAAGGUCAUUUGGAGUGAUGAGACCAAAAUUGAACUUUUUGGCCACAACCAUAAAUGUUUCGUUUGAAGAGGUGUCAACAAGGCCUAUAAUGAAAGGAACACCAUUCCUUCUGUAAAGCACGGAGGUGGAUCACUGAUGUUUUGGGGAUGUGUGAGCUACAAAGGCACAGGAAACUUGGUCAAAGUUGAAGGAAAGAUAAAUGCAGCGCAUUAUCAGCAAAUACUGGAGGAAGAAUUGCACUCAUCAGCCCGGAAGCUGCACAUGGAACGUACUUUGAUGUUCCAACAUGACAAUGAUCCAAAACACAAGGCCAAGUCGAUCUGUCAUUGGCUACAGCAGAACAGAGUGAAGGUUCUGGAGUGGCCAUCUCAGUCUCCUGAUCUCAAUAUCAUUGAGCCACUCUGGGGAGAUCUGAAGUGUGCAGUUCAUGCAGGACAGCCCAGGAAUUUACAGGAACUGGAGGCUUUUUGCCAAGAGAGAUGAGCAGCUUCACCAUCUGAGAAAAUGAAGAGCCUCAUCCACAACUACCACAAAAGACUUCAAGUUGUCAUUGAUGUUAGACGGGGAAAUACACGGUAUUAAGAACUGGGGUAUGUAAACUUUUGAUCAGGGUCAUUUGGGUGUCUUCUGUUGUCAUUAUGAUUUAAAAAUAGAAAACACAGUUGUUUAUCAAUAAAUGGCUUCACCCAACCACUGACCAUGAGUGGAAAAAGAGUUUUUGUGUUAUCAUUCAUAUUCUCUGAAAAAAGCCCAAGAAAGCAAAAAUUGUGCUGGGUAUGUAAACUUUUGAGCACAACUGUAUAUUCAGACAAGGCAAGCACUAAAAACUCUUUCGUAGAGGUAGCCAUUUUGUUUCUGCCUCAGAUUUUUGCUUUUUUCCGACUUGGUAACUGGGAACUCAGGUGUGACGUCUUUUUAGCUCUGACUUCUGAGGUCACUCGAACGCAUCACAUGUCCAGUUCAAAUCCUGACAUUGUAUUGGAGUUGCCAUGGUAACCCACAUAAACGAAUGGCAUUUAAAGAAACAGUAUACAGAAAAAUGAGCAUUACAGUCGACAUGGGACAUAUGUGACGUACACAGCCUCCUGACCGGUGAUCGCUGCAUGUGCAUCUCUCCGUUCUUGUCUUAGUGAAAAGACAUCUUCUGGCUUGUUCAAGACUGCUGCAGUGGCGUCUUCAUUCGACUUCUCAGCAGUGUCAGCUGUUUUAGAUUUAGUCUUACUGGCUAAACCCACAGGAUCCGGAACAGCUCCAUUCCACUCAGUUUUGGCAGGCGGAUCAGAUCCGUAAGCAUACAGCACCAGCCGGAUCAGAUUCGUCACCAGCAUCGGAGGAGAAGCACUCGCGAGAUUACCAGUGAAUUUCGUGAGACUGAACAAGAUCUCGCGCGCUUCAUAGAAUGAGAUCCGCCGAUCGUGGUAUACAACAGUGUUGUUUUCAUUGACGUUGACGAAAUAUUUUCGUGACGAAAAUACUUCGUCAACGCCCCUUUUUUUCCCUAACGAAGAGGUGACGUUGACGAGCAAAACAUAAUAAUAAUAAUAAUGCAUCAGAUUUCAUAUAGCGCUUUAUCAGAGACCCUCAAAGCGCUUUACAUUGGAUACAUCAUUCAUUCGCUCACACAGUCACACUUUGGUGGUGGUGGAAAUGUGGCUGCCAUUCUGCGCCUACGGCCUUUCCGACCACCACCACACAACACUCACAGUCAUACACCAGUGGAGGACACACACUGGGAGCAAGGUGGGUUAAGUGUCUUGCCCAAGGACACAACGGACAGACUUGGAUUAGGGGGGAAUCGAACCGCCAACCUUCCGGUUAUUGGACGACCGCUCCAUAAGUUUUAGAUGACUAAAAUGUGAUGAGAAGAAUGUGCUUUUACGUUGACAAGAGUAGAUGAAAACGUUAGUGGUGGACGACGAACAGAGUUGCAAAAUUCAUGAGCAUUUCGUCAGUCAAAUGCUAAACAUAUAGGAGCAGCUUCAGUCUGCUCUGACAGCUGUCAUCUGUCCGCUAUACUCCUCCAACACACACACACACACGUACACACACACCAAUGCUGUCCUCACUGACACCGACGAAAUAUUUUCGUCAACGUCAUCAUCAAUGAACUGUUCAAUGUAUUGACUUUCUUUUAUUUUGAAAACUGUGGGUUUUGCCCGUUAGUCUACUAAACUGAAGUACUGUUCAGUUUCAGCAAAGUCCAAAACAUCGGCAUCAUCUUUUUCGUCCAUACACUUUCUGUCCUCCAAGUGAUUCAUCCUGCGUCUUCAGCUUCAGUUUGGACACGGAGCUGUUAACUGCUACAUCAACAAAAAACACGUCAAUCCUGAAAAAUACUAGCUCCUCGUGUCUUUGUUAUUAACAGACAUUAGUAAAGGUUUGUGAAUGGAGAUGAGACAGAAGCAUGGAGGCACAGAGGUCCGUCAGAGGUUCAGAGAUUUAUUCCUCUUAAAUUGAGAUGCAGUGCUGCAUCCAGAGUAGAGUUGGGCGGUAUGACGGUAUAUACUGUGUGACGGUAUAAAAGUGUAGAAAUUUUGCUCUCCUGUUUAUACUGUAGAGAGAGAGAGAGCAGAUGUCUGCUGCAUCUCUCUGAGUCAGUGUGUAGCCGAGCACAUCCGUUUCGAUGCGCUCCCUAUAAUCACGAGUGUGUCCAGCAGACUGCUUGGCAUAGUUUCAACGAAGAAGAAACAGUUUCACUGGUGGUAGUCAUGGCGCACACAGAGAUUUGUGGCAGUACUGAGCAAACAGAGGCAGCCCGACCCAUCCAACACAAGGAAGAGGAGGAGGAACUUGUUCAGUUGUCUGGAGAUUCUUCGGAUUUAGAAAAUCCAGCAGCGAUCAAAAAACAAUACUAAACAAAGAGUGUCAUGAGACUGUCAUUGGUGGAGAAAGAAACACCAACAACCCCUUCCACCACCUAAAGAUGAAACACGCCAAGCUCUAUUAUGAGAGCCAAAAGAUACGUGACGCACCUGCUGCACCAGAAACUAAAACUGCAGCAGCUCCUCUUAUGCUAAAGAGUUUGGCAGAGUCUUUCGCCAAAGAUACGCCAUAUGAUAAAAAAUCACCAGACUGGUCUGACAUUUUGUCUGUGUUUGUAUAAAAAUCAGAGUUUAAAAAUAAAAGGAAAAUGAACAAAUGAGACAGUAUGGUUAUUUUUAAGUCAUUAAUUGAAUUUACAGGGGGAAAAACAUACCAUGAUAUUUACCAUUACCGUAAUAUGAAAUUACACCCUUCAUCUAUCCCCGCCCUCUCCAAGAUGGCAGCAUGUGUGGUGUCUCUGUUCAGUCUCUGCUCAGUGUUUGUCUGUUUUUAAUAUUUCUUUUGGAUUUUAAAUUACUUAGACAGUAUUUUCCAUUGUGGACUAUUCAGUGCUCUAGUUUACUUAAAGAUUGCAUCAAGGUUUGUGGAUUUUGGGAUUUUCCUUUGGGAAGCUACUCUGCUCUACUUUGUUUGGCUACUCCAUAGGCCACCUGUUAGCCUUUUAAAUCUACUCAAGACUCUGGGAGCUCCUGCAGUGUGGCUACAUUGCAGCCAAGAUCUGCAGCAGUACCAACAACAAGAAAAGCUCAGUAGCCUGAGGCCUACCUCAUCCACCCAGCCCUGCAGCCUGAGGCCUACCUCAUCCAUCUAGCCCUGCAGCCUGAAGCCUACCUCAUCCAUCCAGCCCUGCAGCCUGAAGCCUACCUCAUCCACCCUGCCCUGCAGCCUGAGGCCUACCUUAUCCACCCUGCCCUGCAGCCUGAGGCCUACCUCAUCCACCCUGCCCUGCAGCCUGAGGCCUACCUCAACCACCCUGCCCUGCAGCCUGAGGCCUACCUCAUCCAUCUAGCCCUGCAGCCUGAGGCCUACCUCAUCCACCCUGCCCUGCAGCCUGAGGCCUACCUCAACCACCCUGCUCUGCAGCCUGAGGCCUACCUCAUCCAUCUAGCCCUGCAGCCUGAGGCCUACCUCAUCCACCCAGCCCUGCAGCCUGAGGCCUACUACCCAGCUCUGCAGCUGAGGCCUAUCUCAUCCAUCCUGCCUUGCAGCUGAGUUAACUUCAAUCAUGGCGAGUAUAAUUCUCGCCCUCCUGGCUUUGGUCUGUUUGCCUUUAUUUUUAGAGUAUGAAGCCAACCAGGAGAGCCCAGUGAGUGUCUGUAGCGUUUCCCUACAUGUUCUUUGUAUGUCAUCAUGGUCAAAGGUUACUAGCUGGGCGCAGGACUUUGAUAUCAAUCAAGGGUGCUGGAUGCUUGAAAUGAGCCAGGUCUGAAAGCAUGUAAACUUUAAUUAUCUUUUAAGCCUUCUUCUCCUAAGUGACUGCUUUAUCCCAUCAAAUGACUCUUGGCCUAUUACGAUGAAUGAUGUCUCUAAGAAAAUCAAGAAGCAUUUCCAUGAAAUACGCAUGUUGAAAUGUAUGAUUAUGCUUAUGUUGUUGAUAUCAGGGAAUGUUCAGCCUAACCCAGGCCCUGUGUCUGAUAUGAUAUCACUACAAACCCCUGCUGAAUUUUUUAAUAGGUCUGGUAUUGGUUUUGUACAUAUGAACGUGAGAAGUCUUUUGCCCAAAAUUGAUACGGUUAGAAUUUGGCCCAAAUUAACAAAUGUUGACAUCAUGGUUUUAUCUGAGACAUGGCUGAGUAGAUCCACGCCUGAUAGUCAUAUUUAUUUGGAUGGGUAUAAUAUCUUUCGUGCUGAUCGCCGUGCCAAAGGUGGAGGAGUAGCAAUUUAUGUUAAAAAUACAUUUCAGGCAAAAGUAUAAUUAUCCAAGUCUGUGCCUAAACAAUUUGAAUUGCUUGUCUUGAAAGUUGAAUUUACGAAGAGCUGUGUUAUGACAGUAGGGGGAUGUUAUAGACCUCCUUCUGCCUUAAAGGAUACACUACUCUCAUUGUCUGACUGCUUAUCAACUAUUAACUACAAUGAUCUGCUUUUAAUGGGGGAUUUAAAUUGGGAUUGGUUAACCCCUGCUUCUGAUUCUUUUAAAUGUUUCUGUGAUUCAGCCCUUUUGGCUCAAAUUACUAACUCACCAACUAGGCCAAACUCUAAACACCCUGAGAAGUCGACACUCCUUGACUUGAUUUUAACCAAUUUUCCCCAGAAAUACCAGGCUACCGCUGUGUUUGCAAAUGAUGUGAGUGAUCACUGUGUUAUUGCUUGUGUGAGAGACACAAAGUUAUCAAAAUGUAAAGUCAUUUUCUGAACAAGCCUUUUUAAAUGACAUAUAUCUAUGUGAUUGGACCAGGGUAAAUUUGAUUCCAGAUGCUGAGACAGCUUUACAGUAUUUUAAUUCCUUAUUUUUGGACAUUAUAGACAAACAUGCUCCUCGCAGAAAAUACAAGGUUAAAGGUCGUGAUAAUCCUUGGUUUUCAGAGCAAUUGUCUGAUUUAAUUCAUUAAUGAGAUCUUGCCUGGGCAACUGCAAGAAAAUCCAAAAAUAGCUCAGACUGGCAACUUUUUAGGCAUCUGAGGAACAAGUGUGUCUCUCAAAUACGUAAAGCCAAAGCCGAUUUUUAUCUUAAUGAGUUUGUGACAGUGCAAAGAACCCUUCUAAAUUCUGGAAAAUGAUUAAAUCACUGUCUUCAGGGUCAAAGGAUACUGUGCUGCCAAAUACAUUAAAGUUGAAUGAUGAGACCAUUACAGACAAGAAAAGUAUGUUAGAUUCCUCUAACCAGCACUUUAUAUCUUCUGGGUUGUUGUUUGAGCAGGACAUACCACAAGUGGUGAGUCAACAGGAUCACUCAUUGUCCAGGGAAAAUCUACCUUUUGAUUUUGAUCUUGCACCUUUGUCUAGAGAUGAGGUAUAUGAUGCUCUCUUAAGGUUAAAUGCCAAGAAAUCCCCCAGUCCUGAUGGGUUGGGUUCUUUCUUUUUACAACUUGCUGCUGAGCAUAUUGCAGACCCCUUGACUUAUGUUUUCAAUCGGACUUUAGAAACUGGGAUUAUACCUAGCAUUUGGAAGUCAGCAUAUGUUACUCCCUUACUGAAGGGUGGUGACUGAUCUAAUCCCAAUAAUUAUAGGCCGAUAUCCAAAUGACCUAUUCUGGCCAAGGUCUUGGAAGGGCUUAUAAGUGAUCAGCUGAAAAAUUUCUUGACAUCAAAUUGACUCUAAAGAAUAUUGUGUUGCUUUGUUCCUAGAUCUGUCAAAGGCUUUUGACAUGGUCGACCACUCUGUCUUGUCCCAGAGAUUGGAGAAUAUUGGAAUGUCUUCUAAUGCGGUGAAAUGGUUUGGUAACUACUUGAGUGGCAGAACACAAAGGGUUCAGGUUGAUGGUUUGUGUUCCAACUCCUUGUCUAUUCAAAACGGUGUCCCUCAGGGGUCUAUACUGGGUCCUAUUUUUUUUACUAUUUACAUUAAUGUAUUAUGUCAAAAUGUAACUGAUGCCAAUUUCCAUUUUUAUGCAGAUGACACCGUUUUGUAUUGUUCGGCUACAUCAAUACCUAGUGCAACAGGGCGGCAGUAGCUCAGGAGGUAGAGCCGUCGUCCAAUAAUUGGAAGGUUGGCGGUUCGAUUCCCCCCUAUCCCUAGUCUGUCCGUUGUGUCCUUGGGCAAGACACUUAACCCACCUUGCUCCCAGUGUGUGUCCUGGUGUAUGAUUGUGAGUGUUGUGUGGUGGUGGUGGGAGGCGCAAAAUGGCCGCAACAUUUCCGUCAGUCUGCCCCAGGGCAGCUGUGACUACUAAGGUAGUUUACCACCACCUGGGAUUUCACUUGGAAGAAAAUUUGUCCUUUAGGCACCAUAUUGAAUGUCUUACAAAGAAACUCUGGGUGAAACUGGGUUUCUUCUAUAGAAACAAGGGUUGUUUCUCCUUUGGUGCAAGAAAAAGGCUUAUACAGGCAACGUUUUUAUUCAUACUUGAUUAUGGUGACUUCUUAUACAUGCAUGCAAAUCUCUCUUCUUUAAAAAUGCUGGAUUCAGUGUAUCAUGCGGCAUUAAGAUUUGUAACUGGCUUAGAUUUUUGUACUCAUCACUGCAGCUUAUGUAUAAGAGUGUUGGUGGGUCCUCUCUGCAAAAUCGUAGAUUGGAACAUUGGUAUAUCUUACUUUACAAGGCCAUUCUAGGUGACUUGCCCUCUUACCUAUGUUCCCUCUUAACUCCUAAAAUCACCAACAGGAGUAAUCUCCGGUCUGAUGGACAGAUCAUGUAAGCUAUUCCCCUGACAAGGACAGUUUUUGGCGAAAGCGCUUUCAAGGCUUUUGCACCCUCCUCCUGGUGUAAUUUACAGGGUUAUUUAAAUUGGAUUAUCUGCCAAGUACGGAACAUUUUAAAACUAGAAUUAAGGAGUUUUUGAGUACUGAAUGCACAUGUCCUCUUUCUGAACGCUGAUUUAUUGCUGUGAUUUGCAUACUGUAACUGUUUUGUUUUUCUGUGUGUUUUUUUAUUUUUUUAUUUUUUUAUGUGGAACUUCUUGUGCUGCUAUCCUGGCCAGGACUCCCUUGUAACAGAGAUUCUGAAUCUCAAUGGGUUUAUUUCCUGGUUAAAUAAAGGUUACUAACUAACUACACAUAAUGUGAUAUAAGGACGAAACGAGAACAUUUCAAAACAUCUUAGCACAGCAGAAAGGCAUUCUGGGUAAGGGGAAAUCCAGGAAAUCAGAGAGAGAGAGAGAGAGAGAGAGAGAGAGAGAGAGAGAGAGAGAGAGAGGAUCAACGUGUAAUCUGACCGCUGCCAUCUCCGGGUUUUAUCUGUGUGUGUGUGUGUCUGUGUGUGUGUGUGUGUGUGUGUGUUCAGAGUCCUCAGGUACCAACAAAUAAAUCACAGCCCAUAUCACACACACACACACACACACACACACACACACACACACACACACACACACACACACAGAUCUAGGUCACAGCUGUUCACUACAAUAUUUCUGUUUUCCUCUGGAAAAUGUCACCUCGCUCCUCCUUGCCUCGUCUUUCCCUCCAUCAUCUUCAUCAUCCUCAUCAUCUUCAUCAUUCAGGUGAAUGAUAAAUAUUAAUCACAUAAUACUCCAAAUAAAAAAAGUCCUGCUUGUAAACAUCAGCAGCACUGCAGUACUGAGUAUUGCAGUAAAAGUGUAUCUGAGUUCUCAUCUAGGGCUGCUCAAUGAAGCAAAAAUGAUCAUCAUGACAAUUCUGAUUGAUAUUAAUAAAACAAUCAUGAAAAAACAACAACUCCUGAUUUGAUAUCCUUAUUACACACAUUAAAACAACUUCUUUGAGACUGAAAAUCAGAGUCUCAGAUUUUUCAAGCUUUUACAAAGCGACUUGAUCAAGACUGAAGGCUCUAUUUUCUUGCCUCGCCAGAGACGUGGCGCAGGCGCAGCGUAAGACAGGUCCGCCGCGCCGACAAGGCGUUCCCAAGCACAAGUUGGUAAUUUGGUGAGCGGCGCAGCCUGCCGUAAGUAUCCCCCCUCCCUAAAUCAGCUCCUCCCAGCGGUAUACGUCGUAGGGAGGGAGGAGAGAGGACUUGGAGUGGGUUUAACACAGCCAAGACCUGUUUUCACCUCUCCUCUCCAUGCUUUAAAUCCACCACCGGCGAGGUGUAUUACAAUUUUCGUGAAGUAAGAGAUGUCUGAACACAGCAAUGCCACACGAUGGCAACAGAAGGCAGUCCCCAACAAGUGUCACUGUAAGCGCUGCAGAGGGCAUCCUGCACACUCUCUCAUAUAAGCACAGAUGGAUUUAGUGUAUGCAAGGUUGGACCCACUGGUAAGACAAACACCCUUUUCCACAAAUAAAGACACUCACAUAAAGUUGCAUAUAAACCCCACGUGACAAAAGUGGGUUGUGCGCACAGAUCACAACAUAAAUUCCAAUAAUUGCAUUAAAAUCUGAACCAUCUGUGUGUAAAUGAUAGCCUGGCCGGGCCAUCCUGUUGCGUGAAUCACUUGAUGUUCCUUCCCACCACAGUCUGGACUUCAGCCCAUAGGGAGCGUGGAUUCCCGAUCAGAAAAUAACCGGGCCAAUCAGAGACCGUGUUUCUACUGUUACCCGGACAACAGGGAAGGGCAGCCCCUGAUUGGUCCAUGUGUAGUGGUGACGUCUAACACAUGCUGCGGGACUUUUCAAAGCCCCGUUCAUUCAGAACGCCGUUAAUUCUGCAGUUGACUCUGCAAAGUCGGCAGAAAUCAUUUAUAUCCGACGUCUUCUGCGUAUAUAAACGAUUUCUGCUGACUUUGCAGAGUCAACUGCAGAAAGAGGAAGAGGAAGAUAGAAAUAGGGGGAGAAGAAUUACAUAUUUUGUUAACUUCAUCGUGUGUCUAUUUACUGGAAAUGCUGACUCAGAAUAUUAGUUGUUGUUGAUUAUUUAUUGCACUGAAAUGUGCCUGACACUGUGGAAACCUGCCGGUGAGGCAUCGGUGAUGUAUGCCGAUACACCGCCGGUCUACCAAAAUACCACUUUCACAUCCCAACCUCCCAAAAGAAUGUAAGGCUUACAUCUGCUCACUGGAGACAAAGGUGUAAACCUUUAACACUAAAUCACAAUCCUUCUACAACCUCCUGUCUCUAUACAAGAUAACCAAAGAAGCCUUCCCAAAACACAAACUUUCUAUCCUUCCUACUUCAAAGAGACAAAGACACUGUUUAUGGCCAGCAGGAAAGAACUGCAGGACCACUUGAUCAGAUAAACAUCUGGCAUCACACCUUGACUUGUCAGGUUUAUCAGCUCAGCCAUAAAUCCUACAUUGGGUUGAUCUUUCCUGUGCUCUCUGUGAGUACAAUCCAAAGAGAAUAACUACAACUAGUCCAAUUACAGGUUGGAUGGACAGUGAGCCAUGAUUUUCUGUCAGUACUCAACAUGUGCAGUAAAACAGUCUUUCUCCCAUUUUCCUAUCAUGUUCAUAAGCCAAGAUCUCACACUGACAGAAUAAAUCCUAAAGUCUUAAAGUUUGAAUUCUAACCCUAUUCUAGUAGAAAUAGUGUAGAAAUGUUUAGUUUAUCUCUUAAUCAUUUGUUUAGCUUAUUAACCGUUCGGUAGUUAUACUCUUAGUUAGUAAUCUGAAUGUUGGUUUGUAGAAUCCAUUGUUAACCCUCAAACGCCUCCACUGGCUUCCCAUCAAAUAUCGCAUCAUCUACAAACUCCUCCUGCUCACCUACAAAGCUCUCCAUGCCCUAGCCCCACACUAUCUGUCUGACCUCCUCAAGGACUACAUCCUCAAGCGUACUCUGCGGUCUGCGGACCUUGGGCUCCUCACUGUCCUUUAUGGGAAAAGGCGAUCCCUCGGUGACAGAGCCUUCAGUGUAACUUUUUGUGCGCAUAGCAAUUCAAGAUUAAGCCUUUUUAUUUGAUUUUUCUUUAAUUUCGCAAAGCCAUUUUUGAAAUAGUUUCAACUGGUCAUCAAGCCUCUUUUUUUUUGGUUGUCUGCGUGAUUGACAAGUCACCUCUGAACACCACCCAGCAGGCCCACAGUCAUCCUCUGAGCCAGAGUGUUGCAGUGAGCCAAAGGAGCAUUCAAAAGGAUCCAUAAGGCAUUGGUUUUUGCAUUCGGGCCUGUGUGCUGUGACUCCCAGCCUGUCCUUCGUCUGACUUUGGUCCUCUUCAGAGCUGAACCUCUUGAACCAGUAGCCUUGACCUUCUGAACCUGUUCCAUCUUCUCCAAGGACCAGUCUCUCCUAAGUAUCCAAACCUCCAGAGCUCCAAACAGGGCUGAUGUUGUCUCAUGCUUCAUAAUUCAGAUAACCUCAUCUAAAUUUAUCUUUACUACAAAGUUAAUGUAAGUUAAUAUGUUAGAGCAUAUUCACUCACUAUCAUUAACUUUAGUAAUCAUAGCCUUGCCAGAAUCUUUCAUUCAUCUGUUAUUUUCUUUAUUCAUCCUAUCAUCAUUGAUUGCAUGGAUGCUGUACCAUCAUUUAUCCUGUAAUAAACCAAUCGUUUAUUUUUCUAAGUUCCUGUCUGUUAGUGUUCUUCCAGAAGUGGAGUCCCUGAAAUGAGAAUUUCGGCUUGGGAUAUGAGAUUGAUAAAUUUAAGAUUGACUUAAUGUUUGAUUUCUGAAUUAAACUUUUGUUUUUUGUUAUUUUCCCACCAUUAAAGGUGGGUGGUGCCCAAUGUUCCCUCUAAUUUUUCUUGUGUCUGGGCAAACACACAAGCUUCCUGAGCACACAGAAGAUCAUUGUGAGCACCAUCAAAUGCGCACGCUGGAUGGUGGCCUUACCCUUAGACCGCCGGCGGGAGCGCGCGGGGGGGGGGGGGGGGGUCUGACGCGGCUCGCGCAAGGAAAUAAAACAGGUGCCGAAACUAUCUGCAGUGCACGAUCGCGGCGCUCCUUCUGGUCACCGACUGACACAUCACUAGCUUCCAUUCAGCGCAGCCUUCAGUUCCCACCGGCCGCGUAUUUCUCCGCAGCGCUUCUGCUCCUCCAACUGUUGUUUCAGAGCUAUCAUGGAUAUGCCGCUAUGUUUUCCUGACUGUAUCAAACAUGUUUGUCCACUUCUUUUAUGUAUCCGUUAAUGAAAGUCGUCUAGAGGCUAUACACACACAGACAGACACACACACACCCGCACACACAGGGACACGGACCAGCGCUGACAACUGCUUGUGUAGAUUUACUGUUGUCCAUAUGUUUUCACUAUCUGCGUGUAGCUGAGUAAAUAUUUCGAAAUAAAUAUCAGACUUUGAUAAAAAACCAUUUUAAUUUACUUUUAGGUGACAAUGUCACCAGGUGGACACCCGCGGCUUAUUUACCGGUGCGGCUUAUACGUGUACAAAGUUAUUUUUUUCCCUAAAAUAAGCAUCUGCGGCUUAUAUAACGGUGCGCUCUAUAGUCCGGAAUUUACGGUAUGUAAGCAAUGUCAAUGCGAUGAUUGGCUACGUAGCGUAAGUGAACCGUAUCACAUCAUUGGCUGGACAUCUAUCACUCACUGUGUUAGACAUGCGCUGUAUAGCUUUUCUUGUGCGCUGAUAAUGUGUGAGCAGUGCGCGAUUGCGCAGGCGCGCAGCUUAGAGGGAACAUUGGUGGUGCCCCUUUUAACAAGUACAUAAAUGUCAGAAAUUAAGAUUAUUAUCAAAUAUUAAUCUUAACACAUUUGUUACGUAUUCAAAUCGCUACAACCACUAGACCAGCUGCGCUCUGCCUGCGCUGAAAGCUGACCAGGUUUGAAUCGGCGAGCUUUCAGCGCACUUUACUAGCCACCGGCGAGCACGAAAAUGUCACUGCACCAGCUGAUUCUGUUGACACCUCCCCCUGCCGCACCACCACGCCCAGUCCACAAAAAUACCAAAUUGGCUGUACGCCGGGCUCCGCCAGACGAAAAUACCACUGCGCCGGGUCCACCACCCUCUGCUGUGACGCCGGCGGACACGAAAAUAGAGCCCUGAAUCUCUUUUUAAGCACAUCAGCUGACAAACAAGACGCUGUAAAGGUAUCAAUCUACAGACAGUGUCAUCGCUGCCUCACACAGACAUUUGGAGUCAUGGCUUUGUGGUAGAACCCGUGUCAGAGUACUUUUGGCUCCUUUUAGUUCCCUUUGUAAAAACUCAGUUCAGUCUGCGAGAAAAUUCCUGUAUAUGAAAAUGUAAAGUCACCUUUUCUGUCUGUUUCUCUCCAGGUACCGGUCGUAAUGGCUACACCAAAGCUGUGAAUGGAGAGGAGAGAGGAGGCGAGGGUGAGGAAGAGGAGGAGGGAGGAGAGGGGGAUGAGGGAGAAGGAGGGGGAGGAGGAGGAGCAGGGGGAGAAGGGAAGGAUGGGCAGUGGGAUGAAGAGCUGGACGGAGAGGAGGGGGGCGGAGUGAAAAUGACGAGGACUGACACGCUUCAUUCGACCACAAGUUCAACGGGAACACAGAGAAAGAAAGGACAACACGCCAAAAAACAGGUGAGAGAACACGCUGAAAAACAGGUAAGACUACACAAAAAAAGGUGAGACAACACGCCGCAGACAGGUGUGACAUCACGCUACAAAACAAGUGAGACAACACGAUAGAGACAGGUGAGACAACACGCUACAAAACAGACAACACCCGAUAACAUUAUGAUGAUGAUGAUGAAAACAAGGUAGAUGAUGAUGAUUGUGCUGCUGCUCAUGAGAAUCAUAUUGAGGUAGAUGAUGAUGAUGAUAAUGAAGUAGAUGAUGAUGAUGAUAAUAAUGAGGACAAUAAGGAUGAUUAUGACAAGAAGAUGAUUAUGAUAACAAGGAAGAUGGUUUUGAUGAUGAUGAUGAUGAUAAUAAGGUUGAUGAUGAUGAUGAUUGUGCUGCUAAUGCUGAAGAUGAUUAUGAGGUAGAUAAUAUUGAUGAUUAGGAUAAUGAUUAUAAUAAUCAGGUAGAUGAUGAUGAUGAUGAUAAGGAAAAUAAGGAUUAUGAUAAUGAUUAUGAUGAUGAAAAUGAUUUUAAUAACAAGUAAGAUGAUGAUGAUGAUGAUGAAGAUAAUGAGGAUAAGGUUGAUGAUGAUGAUUAUGACUAUGAAGAUGAUUAUGAUCAAAAGUAAGAUGAUUAUGAUGAUGGUUGUGCUGAUGCUGCGAAGGAUGAUAAUGAGGUAGAAGAUGAUGAUGAUGAUGUUGAUGAUGAUGAUUAUGAUAAUGAGGUAGAUGAUGAUGGUGAUUGUAGUGAGGAUAAUAAGGAUGAUGAUGAUUAUGAUGAGCAUAAUAAUAAGGAUAAUAGGGAUGAUGAUGAUGAUGUUUGUGCUUCUGCUGCUGUUUACGAUGAUAAAGCUAACAAGGUUGAUAAUGAAGAUAAUGAGGCCACUGAUAAUAAAGAUGAUUAAAAUAAGUAAGAUGAUUAUGAUGAUUAUGAUAAUGAGGAUAAUGAGGAUGAUGAUGAUUAUUGUGCUGCUGCUGCUGCUGCUGCUGCUGAGGAUGAUAAUGAGGUAGAAGAUGAUGAUGCUUAUGAUGAUGAUUAUGAUAAUAAGGAUAUUAAGAAUGAUGAUGACUAUGAUGAUUAUGGUAACAAGUUAGAUGAUUAUGAUGAUGAUGUUGAUGAUGAUGAUAAUAAUGAUAAUAAUAAGGUGAUAAUGUUUGUGCUGCUGCUGUUUAAGAUGAUGGUGAUAAAGAUGAUGAUAAUAAUGAUGAUGAUUAUGACGAGGAAGAUGAUUAUGAUAACAAGAUGAUGAUGAUUAUGAUGAUGAUGAUGAUAAUAAUAAUGAAGACAAUAAGUAAGAUGAUGAUGAUUGUGCUGCUGCUGGUGUUUAUGAUGAUGAGGCUAACAAGGUUGAUGAUGAUAAUGAUGAUGUCAUGUCUCUUCCUCCUCAGGUGCAGGGCAGUAAUCAGGUCCAGCGUGCCCCCAGGGCGUUAUUCUGUCUGAAACUGAACAAUCCAAUCAGACGAGCUGCUCUUUCUAUUGUUGAGUGGAAGUAUCCUUUAACCAAUCAGCUGUCUCUCUUACAAUAAUUGUAUUUCCUUGUUCCCUCAAGUGUGCCUCUCCUGUUCCCCACAGUUUUUCCUCAUGAGCAACUUACAGUGACACUGCUGGGGCCUGUUCUACGAAGCAAGUUCAACCUAGCGAGGUAGCCCUGGAGCUACCUCGCUCAACUUAUCGUGGUAGCCAGCGGUCUCGCUAAACGGUCUUACGACCCUGGUUAUCAACCUCGUAAGUUGAUGUAGCUUUGCUAUGAGCGCAUGCACGCAUGUAAGGCGGAGCCCGUCGCAUCUGACCAAUUGCGAAAACGGACUGGCCUGGAGCGUCAGAGCCGGCUGGAGAGAGAAGGACCACAGACAAACGAGGAGCAGGAGACGAUCAUGAGGAAGAAUGAAGAAUUCAAAUCUAUCAUAAACCUCAAAAGCAACAUCGUUGCCACUGCAAAAGCACGGAGGGAAUGCUGGCAGAAAAUUAAUCUUUGAUGCCAUUAUCACCCUGAAAUAGCACUGUUCAACAUGUGCUUUUAACUAAGGUGACCAGAUGUCCCCGAUUUCCAGGGACAGUCCCCGAAUUGGAUGAUCUGUCCCCGGCUAAAGCUGUCCCUGAAAAUGUCCCCGAUUUAGGCGUUUCAUAAAUGAGAACAUAAAUGUUAUGUGUGGGCUAGAACAACGGUUAUUACAGUGGGUAGGAAGCACAAGUAAGCAGUCCUGAACAACAGUAUUUACGGGGGUUAUUACAAGGGGCGUGCGCUGCUACUAAAUAGUACUGAGAUGUUGUCUGUGAUCACGUAGCCCAUGCAGCCCAUGCCCAUUCAUUUCCAAGAUGAAUUCAUUCAUUUGAUUAUUCCUAUCGUGUUUACAUUUUUUGUGUGAUAUGUCGGCCAUAUGAGCCUUUCAUAAAGGUGGUCAUUCGGAAAAGUAAGUGGGUCUGUGCAGUCCCUGAAAACUCUCGCCAUUUUUCGACAGAGCUCAUUGGUCAGUGGUCGGGGUUUUUAUACUCCGUGAGUUCAAUCUGGAACCUAACCUGCUCCAAAGCAGGUUAGCCGUUCAGCGUAUGUUACCAUGGAGACUCGCCUCGCUAAGAAGUGAACCCGUGUCGUAGCACAGGAAACCCCGAACUUACCCUCGAAGUUACCUCGCUAAGCAGUGAUCCUGCUUCGUAGAACAGGCCCCUGGUCUUUUUUUUUUUUUGGUUGUAGAUUUGUCCCUCUUGAGUUUCCUUAACCUCUUUCUCAGACCAUUUGAUAUCUUCAUUCUGUUAGCUAUCUUUGCUAACUGUGUUGCUCUGGGAGUUUCUAAACCAUUUCCUGAGGAUGACUCGAACUCCACCAACCACGACCUGGUACGACCACAACAACACACACCCGCACAAAAACACAACCACAUUAACACACACCUGCACAAAUACACAACUUCACCAACACACACUUGCAAAAAAUACACAACUUCACAAACCCACACCCGCACAAAUAUAUACAACAACAUCGACACACACCUGCAAAAAUAUUCACAAACACACACCUGCACAAAUACACAACCACUACAACAGCAAACCUGCACAAAUAUUCACAAACACAAACCUGCACAAAUAUAUAACCACACCAACACACCUGCAAAUAUACACAACCACACACCCGCAAAUAUACACAACUUCACAAACACACACCUGCAUUAUACACAACCACAUCAACACACACCUGCACAAAUACACAACCACGCAUCCGCAAAUAUACACAACUUCACAAACACACAUCUGCACAAAUGCACAACCACAUCAACACACACCGUACAAAUACACAACCACAUCAACACACACACCUGCACAAAUACACAACAGCAUAAACACACAUGCACAAUUACACAACCACAUCAACACACACACCUGCACAAAUACACAACCACACACCUGCAAAUAAACACAACCACACCAACACACACCUGCACAAAUAUUCACUAACACACGCCCGCAAAAUUACACAACUUCACAAUCACACACCUGCACAAAUACACAACCACAUCAGCACACACCUGCAUAAAUACACAACCACAUGAACACGCACUUGCACAAAUACCCAACAGUAUGAACACACACCUGCACAAAUACACAACCAUAUCAACACACACUGGCACAAAUACAAAACUUCACAAACACACAUCUGCACAAAUAUACAACCACAUGAACACACACCUGCACACAAAAACACUCAGUGAUUCUGAGGGAUAGGGACAGGUGACAUUCAGGUGUAUCUGCUCGGGGCGGUUUGUUCCACAUUUGCUCGUCAUUGUAAACAGAAAGUUCCUUUUUGUGGAAGCAUGUCCUCCAGCAUGUUGAAUCAGCUGAUUGAGUCACUCCUCACUGUAUAGGUCAAAGGUCGCAGACAGAUACAAUGGAUGAUUGACAGCUCUGUGAUCGGAUCUGAUCAGCUGAGUUUCUGCUCGAGUGGUUUUCCACACACACAGUUCACGAAAUGGUUUGUUGAAGUGACAGCACACACCGCCCUGCUCUCUCUCUCCUUCUCUCUUCCUCUCUCCAGUCGUCUUACUCUCUCUCUCUCUCUCUCUCUCUCUCUCCUUCAUGAGAAUUUAACAUAUUGACUCCUGAUUUACUCUGAAAACACAAUGGCCCUCAUUUAUCAAGCUUGCGUACAGCAAAAAACUUCGUACACCUUGCAUACAUAAACUGGGACAUGAGGAUCGGCAUUUACCGAUCUGCACGUGAGCUUACGAUACGACCAAAUCUCACGGCAGGUCUGACAUUGUGUAGGCAAGUUUGAGUCAGUGUGGAUUUGUGGUACUGCAAAUGUCUGUCUCAAAAUAAUUGAUAAACAAACCUCAAACUUGUCAUUAAGCACAAUCAGCCAGAAUUCAUUAAUGAUUAAGAAGUAAAUAAAAUAAAAUAAAACUAGAAAAAUUGCAUUUCCUUGCAGAAAAUGCGUGGAAAUGCUGAGUGCUGAAAGCUGAAAAAGCAAUGCAAAACUGCUAAAAAAAUGAAGGUGGGUUUAAAUGUAAAAUUAGUUAAAGAGUUGAAGAAGAAGAAAUAGAAAUUGGACGAACGUGAAAAUCGUUGAAGUGCAAAUAGUAUAAAUGUGCUUCAUAAAUUAAAAUUGCAUUCAUGCUGAAAAACUAUCUGAAAUUGCAAAAAAAAAAUUGGAUAAGGAAGAAAAUGACCUUAAAACACAGAAAAGUGAGAAGUUGCAUAAGUUUAAGUUGUAGUACUAGAAGUUGUAUGAUAAUAGGUAGUUUUAGUAGUGAUAUUAGUAGUCAUGUAAGCAGUAGAAGUAGUUUUAGAAUAGAAGAAGUAGAAGUCAAAGCAGUAGAGAUCGUGGUAGAAGUAAUAGUGGCAGUAAAAGCAAGAGACGCAGUAAAAAAAUAUUUAGAGAAGCAAGAGUAUUGGAGGUAGGCAUGAAUAUACAAGCUAAAGUGAUAUUCGUAGUAAUUGUAGUAGGAAAACUGGGAAUCUCUUUGAAGAAUUAAAAAAUGCAAAAUAAUGACAAUGAUUUUAAAAUGGGAAAAUUUUGAAUAAUUAAAAAUCCUCAAGUAUUAGACAAGUUUGAAGUAUUAGGUUUGAAUCAGUUUGAAUGAGUUUAAAUUUGUCUGAAGAAUUGAAUAAUGUAUAAAUGACGGGAUUAAUUUUAAAGUGGGGAAAAUUUAAAUGAACAAAAAUCCUGAAUACACCCCAUAAUGUCCUCAAUGAGCUGAAUUUUUGGAGCCCUGAAUGGAUUCUGUAGCUCAAAGUUUGUGGGAGGAGAUAGGGGCCGAAGUUUGUCAAGCGCUCUAGUGAAGGGAUUUAAAUGUAACCCCCAGUGCUAUGUGUACUAUGCCUGGCUACAUUUGUCUCAUAUGGCCGUUAGAAGCAGCUUUCCAGUCAGCUGUGUGUCUCCAGGUACACUAAUUGGUUGCCAUAGGGACCGUAUAUGCAUCACUACAGCAGGAGAAAGGAGGCUUGAAGCUGAGAAACAAAAUCCCAGACUAUGCCCUGAUGCUCACCCUCUGUAACAGCUAUAUUCAUGAUAAGGAACUUGUGAGAACCACAAGACUCUGCUGAACACAUUGAUACAAUUAUUUCACAAAAUCCUAAAUACAUCCCAUAAUGUCCUCAGUGAGCUGAAUUUUUGGAGCCCUGAAUGGUUUCUGUAGCUCAAAGUUUGUGGAAGAGGAUAGGUGGUGAAGCAGAUACAUGGUCAAAGUGUGUGCAUGUAAGUCUUAUAGACAGAGAGCGACUCCAGCACACACAUAUUUACUGUGUGUACAUGCAGGUGUCACAGAGACACACACAUUGUCAGACUGUGUGUGUGUGCCUGUUAAUUAAUGCAUCUUAACAGGUGUCAGACAUCAAAGGCAUUAACUGACCCACUGUUUGAAUGAGAAGCUGCCUAACUGCAGUGAAUUUAGGGCCUCUGAACUUCUUCACAUAGCGUGAUUUCCUUAAAUCCCAGAAUGAAAAUAAGAACAUCGUAGGAAUCCUCCGCCCCUCAUGAACACAAUGAUGUGUUUUUCAUGUCUGUACUCUAAAAAAUGUGGCCACAACAGCGAGUUAAACAGGUUUUGACCCUGAGUGAUGAUCAGGAUUUUCAGGGAGAAAGAUUACAUCAGAGUCAAUUGGAGGAAUCUCUGCCUUUUUGGACAGUUGGUCACUUGCUGGCCAAGGGGUAGGAUUUAAUGAUUUGAAACCUCCUUUGUGAGAAGCAGGACACAUAUACCUCCAUUUUGAUGUAUUUUUAUGGCUGUGGAGUGAAACUUUUGGGCGUGGGAGCGAUAUAUCCGAGCUAGGUUUUGCCGAUAAAAGAGGAGCUCUCCACUCUAGCUAUGACAUCACACACUCUAGCUCUUCCAAUACACACCCAUAAGAAAGCCUGAAAUUUGCUGAAAACCAUGAGUUGCUUAAGGUUAACUGUAAUUGAGUGUUUGCACUUUGACUUCUUGAAUAAGUCAAACAUUGUUUCAAUAUGGUGACAUUGCACUAUAUGUUCCAUGAAGAAUUAAUAUUGUUAUUUUGCACACAAUAAAUUCUUCAAUGAUACAUUGAUAAUGUUUCUUGUGGGGGGGGGGGGGGGGGAUAGUUGACCCACCCUUAAUCCACACAUUUUUCGGCCCGGCCUGAAAUAAGGGACACCCAAAAUUUAAAAGGGACACCAAAAAAUUUUCAGAUUUUGAUAAACUGUCCCUUAUUUCAAUCUCUUGGAGUUGGCAACCCUACACACGCACCACUGUGGAGCGCUGCGUUUGACUCCUAAGUGGCAGGUGUCUCUGUCUUUGCCCAGCAGCGGGGACAUUGUUGUACACUCCUGAAAGGGUGUGGGACAUCAUCUGGGCUAGUACAGUUUAGCACAAUGUUGCACUAGUGAAUGGAGUGCCGUUGGUGGUGCCGGUGCAAUGUGAGGACCCGAUGCCCGGAGAACAAAAACAAGGAGAGGCUCCACAGAAGGUGCUGUACAGAGGAGACAGGACCUUAUCGAUGGAUUCUGACAUGUAAAGUAUAAGUUUAGAAAGUGCUCUUGCUAUUUAAUCAGUGAUAGAAAUCCAAUGGAAAUCCAUAAAAAUGUGCCUCAGGAGCAGCAACACACCGUUUGUUGACGUUCAUAAUUAUUUUUGUUCAGCCUCUGUCGGACUCUCCAGUCUGCUCUACAUUACAAAGACACAAAAAAUUAAAACUAAAUACUUUCAAUAAUAGGAGCAACGUACCCUAUGUCAUGGCAAUAAAAAAUAUGAGGCAUGUAUGAGAUAUUAAUUUAUCAUCAUGAGCGACUUAUUGACUAAUGAUUUAUUCAAACUUCAGCCACUGUCCGUGACUCCGCGGCAGUGCUGUUCACCUCCACCAUAAUCCUGCUCCAGACAGGAGUUUCCUGGACUGCUUUUAUACCAGUUUUUAUGCUUCCAAAGAGAAAAUCCAUGUUAGUUUCCACCACAGAUGUGAGGAUAUCCACUUUCAGCUCGGAAAAGUUUCGAAUCUUUCUAAUAUUUCUCCUCUUUCAUGUUUGACCUCAGUGGGCAAGGCUUCUGAACUACGAAUAUUUAAGGGCGUGACAUGUUAAUUAUGCUCGAUUUCAGCCACUGCAUUUAUCAAGACCUGAUCAUACGUACGCUGGGAUUGGUCAGAUACGAACCCUUUCAUAAAUCUCACGUGUGUCCUAUCGUACUAUGAAUCCUGCGCUCAGAUCUGCGCAAGAUUGAUAAAUGAGGGCCAAUGAGAGCGGGAAAAAAACUGUGUAGCUCACCCCUUUGGGUAAAGCAUGUCUGCUUCGUCAAGGCCUUCCCCCUUUCUCUUCCUCCUCUAUGGAAGCAAAUUUGUAUCAUAAUUCAAAUGAAAAUAGAUGAACAGAAAUGCAUUUGCAUUUUCAGAAUGUACCUGCACUUCUCGACUCAUAACUAAAAUUAAAAAUAAACAAACCCAUCUAUAGUUGCUUUUUUCUUUUUCAAAAUGAAUCAUUCUGUAACUUAAUUCAGAUGUUAAAGAAAAAGCUAUUUAAUAUUUAAUUUGCUAAAUAUUUCCCAGCAAAUAUGAACCAAAACUCAAUUUGAAAUGUCAAAUCUGAAAAUUCAAAUGCAUUUGCAGUUUGGCUUUUUGUUCCAAAGUCAAAAUUGCAUAAUUUGACUCAGAAAUAAAAUGAAUAAAUAAGACAAAAGUUCUUUCAUUUUCUUAUUUGAGCUGCACAUUUCUUAACACGAUUCAAAAGAAAAACCAAACGUGCCGUUGCUUUUUCAUUUUCAUAUCCGCUCGCAAAAAAUGUACCAAAACUCAAAUCGGCCUCACAAUCCCAAGCGGGGCAAACAAGUGACAUCAGUGGCCGCUCCGCUCUUCUUAUACGCAUGAAUUCGGUGUUUCCACGGUACUGCGUUCCUUUUUUUUCCAGCUUGAUCGACAAUCCGAUGGAUCUUCCUGAAACCAUUGCUCGAGCAUUGAUAUAUUUAAAUUCCCAGUUGGAGUUGCUAUUUCUUAACUGGACACCCGUGACAGAUAUUGUCAAUCGAGCAUAUUUUGAAAAUAUUAAAUCUCAAAUGGAUUAUUUUUUUACAUCUGAAUUAAGUUACUGAAUGAUCAGUUUUGAAAAAGAAAAAGCAAUUGCAGAUUAAAUUAUUUAUUUUUAAUUUUAUUUAUGAGUCAAGAAGUGCAGGUACAUUCUGAAAGUACAAAUGCAUUUCUGUUCACCUAUUUUCAUUUGAAUUAUGAUACAAUUCCAUACUCCUUCUGCUCCUCCUCCUGCUCCUGCAGAGUUCUGGUAAGAGAGAAGACGAGACCAGAGCACCAUCACUGCACGCUCAUAUAGUCCAGUCUGCUAAACAUGGUUUCUAUGAAUAAUGCAUGUUUUUUAUUUCAUUAGGCUAAAUAUAACAGUGUUCUACCACAUUUUACAGUGUGCAGGCUGCAGCUUUUCUAAUUCUCUGACCCACAUUCCCUCUAACUCUGACAUGUUUACAACUUUUGCACUGAUGUCCGGUGAUAUGCUCUGUCCACAACCAAUAAAUCCUCUGCAUGGGCGGAGACAGAUCUCACUUAAAUCAUCUCAACUUUGUUGAGAGGAAGAUAAGAGGUCAGAUAUUGAGAUGUUCACAUGUAAUAAAUAAAUAAACUUCAAAAAUAUGGGGUCCAAGGUUUUUCCAAAAACAAGAAUUCUGAGCCUCAGCAAAGAAGGAUCUGCAACAUAUCAGCUCGAUGUCCAAUCAUCAGAGACACUUAGUGCAUUUACAUGCACAGUUUAAUCGGACUAAGCUCAUAAUUCGUUUUUUUUCCCGCUAAAUUGGACUUCUCUCCUUGGGGCAUUGGGGGGCCAUGCCAGACCACCAAGCAAGCUGUGCCCGCUCUGGACUAAAAGCAAAAUUUUGCAAUAAUUGGAUUUGGGGUUUGUUUUUUCCGUCAGAGUAGUCAUCUUCAGUUAAUCCCAUCUAUCUUGACAUGUCAAUCAAUCCAUCCAAUCCAAUAGAUUAAAGGCAACGUGUUAGCUAAUUACAGGUAAAGGGGCUGCUCAACAUACCAGGCUUACUCUGGACGACUAACACUGAUGGGAGCAAGCAGGAAGUAGCGGCAGCGCCACACAGCUCCAGUUUUAGGAAGUUAAGCACCAAAGCCAACUGUCACACUGGAGUAAACAUUCAUGCUAGAGGAGGGAGCAACAGCAGCUAGGGAGCAGCAGUGAGCAGUGAGACCCUUGUGCCAGGCAGGAGGGUCUUGCUGCUGUAUGGCUUGUAAAUUCAGGAAUGAGUGGAAAGAGAAGGUUUUAAGACGGUUCCACUCAAGUCACAAAUGCCGUCUGCCACUGUUAUAAUUAGAACCCCUAACACACAUGCAUUCACGCUUGCACACACACACAUGCACACACACACACCUUUCUCAUUCUCAUUUGCAUUACUUGCAGGCAGGAGGUUACACCCUGCUUCGUUCUGCUCCUGGUGCUCCCUAGCUGCUCUACCUCCUCCCCUAGCAUGAAUGUUUACUCCAGUGUGACUGUUGGCCCGGUGCUUAGGUUCCUAGAAGUGGAGCAGUUAGGCCCUGGUCUCUGAUGCCUCUGGUCUCUGUUUUAUCGAUAAUAAAUUAACACAGCACUACAGUCACUACUGUAUUUUGUUUGUUUUAUUCUUUAUAUUUAAAGAUGAAAUGCCUCUUGUUACUGAGAGAAAAUAACAUUUCAAUACUGUUGGAAUGGCCACGGAGCAGCCGUUAAGCCUGAAGCAGAUAAAAUACAAGUUUAAAUAAGUGUGCCCCCCUGAAAAAAAUGAAAUGCCCCCCCUCUCAUUUGUUUCUGUAACCGGGUCUGCGCGCACAUGCAUUGUCCAAUCAUGCUCCAACUACGCUGGUUACAUGGUAGAGAAAAUCUGAUUCCAAUCGCAUUAUCUGGGUCCUUACACACCAGGAAAGUUUUUUUCGUGCGAUUAUUUCGGACGUCAAUAUUUUUUUGCGAACCCAUAUCCUGUCAGUACAAGCGUUCACAUCAGCUUUUUUCCCGUCCUGCAAUAUUGCAGCAUUUAUUUUUUUGGAUCACGGUCGAUUUUUCUAAAGUUUCGCAUACUGUGUGUCCACUUCUGACCAAUCAGAUAUUGUGUUGUUGCGACAUCUGAUUCACCUGUAUAUCCAACAUGGCUGACCAGCUGAUUAUUUACGUGUCGGAGAACAGAGUGCUUUUUGAUAAAGGACACAAACAUUACAAAGAUAACGACCUGAAGGACGACUUGUGGAGAGUCAUUGUGUCGGAUUUCUCAUAUGACGAUGGUUUGUGAGCUUUAACAGUUUGCUAAACACCUUUGUUUUAACUUUCAUCUGUGCUAACGUAAGCUAACGGUUGUUACCAUAGUUUCAUGUGCUUAUAUCGCCUCUGAUUGGCUAUAAGUGCUGACCGUUUGGCUUGAGCGUGUGAUGAUGUUUUCAGCUUUUCUAGCCAAUCAGAGGCAAAGUAGGUAGGACUUUCCCUGGGAAAAGUCUUCCCCGGUUUGCGUCUUUUCCCCCAGAAAAGCCGCAAAAUCGCAUCAGGCUUGAUGUGUAUAGUCAGGUGCUUCAAAAUUAGCCUGUGAAUAUUUCGUAAUUUGGUGUUCUAUAUCUGCGUCAGCUCCGUUAUAUAAGGACCUUUAGGUGUUUACAUGCACUUCAGUUGUCCGGUCUUAAUUGGAUUAAGGCAAUAAUUCGGUUUUCUCAAGUGUCAUGGAAACAGACUGACUGAAGCUCAAGGCUUCGGGCUGAUCCGAAUUUUUAACUAUAUUCAAAUUUGCAACGAAUUUACAAUAUAACAGUGAGAGCAAGAGGAAGGUGACGUUAGGAUGUUAGGAUGACGCAGCAUGUCCCAUCUGCAUGCACACUGUUUGCAGAGAUCACUGUGUGUGUGUGUGUGUGUGUGUGUGUGUGUGUGUGUGCAGGCGGCUGCAGAACAGUCAAAAUAAAGCACAAAUCACAUCAGCAUUUCACAUCUGAUUAAUUUUCAUUUUCGGUCCAUUAUUUCUGUUAGCAGUAAAAAAAAUAAAUAAAAAAAAAAGAGAAUUUCUGCCAUAAAAACUUUUAUCAUAGUAAUAUUAUCAGGAGCACGCUCUGUUUGACAAAUCUGACCUGCAGAGUUUAGAAUAAUCUGAAUAAAAUGUUGGCCUGGAAACACUAGUUUUUGUUGAGUCACACCCCUCUAAUCCUCUUAAUUAUGAGUGAAAAUAUGACUGGUAAGUCAUCCUGAUGAGCGCCUGCAGGCCGGACGCUGUGAUGCCACUGAGCAUGUGCAGGAGCGAGGGCAGCUCAGGUAUCACCUCAGUGGUUAUAUAAAGGCAGAAAAGUAAGAACACAGAUUUUCUUAAAGCGUCUCUGUAAUAAGAAGGCUGCUGGUUUGAUUCCCAGUGUUUCAUACAGAUAGAGGAUUUAGAGCAGAGAGGAGAUGGACAUCUGAGGUCACAGGGACACAGCAAGAGUGUGUGUGUGUGUGUGUGUGUGUGUGUGUGUGUGUGUGUGUGUGUGUGUGUGUGUGUGUGUGUGUGUGUGUUUGUUUUUGCACCUUGUGAGGCACCAGGUUUAAUUUUAGACUCUGCAAAGUGAGGACAUGUCACCUGCUCCCAUGUCCAAAGAGUGUUUACUGCAUGGGCUUGAAAUGUUAUGUUGGAGUAAAAGGUCCGUGUCAGGCCCUUUAAGGUCGGGGGUCAGGGAAUGCAUUAUGGGAAUGAGAGUCCUCACAAGUAUAAACAGACCAGCGUGGUUGUUUGUGUGUGUUUGUGUGUGUGUGUGUGUGUGUGUGUGUGUGUUGUGCAGUAAUGAUGACAGAUUGGUAAUCCUCGCAAAUGCCCACAAAUUCUCCACAGCCACGUUUACCAGGUCACACAAACACACACACACACACACACACACACACACACACACACACGUUUUAUAGUGUCCUGUCCAUAGACUGUAUAUAGAAUGGACAGAGUCUGCCUCCUUGCUGGGUGAAGCCACUCUGAGAACAGCGCCCUCUGUUGAUGGGCUGCAGUAUAGGCCAUAAAUCCCGCCUCCACCAGCAAAGCUUAUGGAGCUGUGGACAAACUUUUUAUUACAUUACUUAUUUAUUAAAAUUUAUUACACAGAACAUAAUUUUUUCUCCCCCCUGCUUCUGAUGUUGACAUGUAGUUAUUGUAAGACUGGUUUGUGCUCAAGUCCUCUUUUUUUCUGUGAAGCUCUGUUUUUAAAAGUUAUUAGGGGGUUCCUGUUUGCUAUGAUUGACACCUGAUACAGCCUAUGGGCGUUCAAGGAUUGCGUAGCUCACCCGGGGGGAUACGUUGUUUGAGCCGAGUGUCAUCACAGCAACACUCGGCGACUGCGCGGCCGAAUGCGCACAAUGCUACUGCGCAGCGCUGGUUUCAGGAAGUGAAGAAAAAUCCCGGAAAUACCGAGAGCUUUUUGGCUUCAAAUUCGUGUACAGGCGGUAGGCGGAACCAAGUUGUCCAUAGUAUAUACAGUCUAUGGUCCUGUCGUGUUUAGCUGUGUUUAACUUCUGUGUGACAGUGUUGUGUAUUCAUAUCAUAUUAAUUGUUAUACCAUAAACUUUCAUAUGUGUUAUUGUAUUGUGUUGUUAUUGUCAAAUAUCCCAUGAUAUCGUAUUUUAUCAUUUUGUGUUUUCCUUCAUUUAUAAUUUCAUUGUUUCUUUGACCACCUCUCUGAGUCUGAUUGGUCAGAGCUACGUCGAAGAUAAGCAGAUUGCACACAUCAUAUCUGUGUAUUGUGUAAUAUGUGGUUGUGAACAUCCAUUGUGUUAUAUCUUAUCGUGUAUUAUCAUCGCUUGUCAUAAUGUGUUCCCUGUUAUGCUAUUAAAUGAUGUGUUUUUCUGAGGCAUUUAUUCGAGUUUCAUUUGAACAGCCGCGGCUUCACAGAGCUUAAUCUUGUCCCGUGGUUUAGGCUAAUCCCGGUUCUCUCUGUGUUUCAGGAACAAGUAGAGUACGUCUUCCUCAUCAUCUUCACCAUAGAGACCUUCCUGAAAAUCCUGGCCUACGGUCUGGUCAUGCACCCGAGCUCCUACAUCCGUAACGGCUGGAACUUGCUGGACUUUGUCAUCGUCAUCGUCGGGUACGGAUGUUUCUGUGUACAUACUCUUCUUUGUCUGUAGACCGUGUUACCCCCAAUUUCCACUGAAUCCUGAAUGUCUACAGAAAGUCUGUAUCCUCCGAUCGUAGCCAAUCGUAACCAUUCAAGUCAACGUGUCAAUUUCCACCGGCUACUUUCCGUUCCUCUGCGGAUCGCCGGACUCCACAGCUGAUCACAAGAGUUCUAUUUUUUCUGGACGCCAGAGCAUGUUGGAUAAAUUCAGCACAGAUUAACCCGUGCUGGAAAGGAAGUCUGGCACAGACACAAAAUAAAACAUCCGGCUUCUUUUCAAAAUAAAACACUCUGUGUUUCAGGCGAAUCGUAUUUCACACCAUGCAAAUGGGUGGAGAUGAACAAGUGAAAGGUUUUUAGACGUCAUUUCACCCCGAUGACACCAUGGAUGAGGAGAUGCUUAUUCUAGAAGUCUAGAAGUAGAUUUCUUCCUCUGGAAGGAUACAAUCUAGUGCUUUUAUGUCUAUGUGUCUGUCUUUAUAGAGGCAACUCGUUAUUGCGCAAUUGUAUGUGAAUCUGCGAAUUCUUGUGAGUUCUCGCAAUUACCGGUGUCUGUAAUCUGCCAUGAAAUUCGCCUCACUAACGGAUCCGGUAGGAAUUGGUGUAUGGAUCUGAGCCAUUCCGGAUGCAGUGGAAAUCCCGUGUUUGGACGGGCACUGAGGGGUUGUGGGUAGUUUGAGUCACAUGUUUGAGUGUUUUAGUGGAUGACAGUCAGCUCGGCUUUUUAUAAAAGAAACGCUUAGAGCAAGUUCUGCUGGUUGAAAAAUGUCUGAUGUCGCUCCGUCUGCAGAGAGCUGUCGCCCCACCUCUCAUCUAGUGUGGCCAAAACUUUAAGUCUGUUUUAGUCCGUUUUCUGCAGACAACUUUCUCUGUAGAUUCUGGUCCGUGUCGCAGAAUGGGGAUUCCUCUCUGGGUCCAGGUUCCCUCUUUAGACCCUGGCCGUCUUUUCUGAUCUGGUUCAGGUCUUGGGUUCCUGGUUCUGAUGUUCGACCUCUCCCCUCUGCGUGUGAAACCUCUCUCUGUGUUCGGAUCCAGCAGGGUUUCAUAUGAGCUGCAGCAGAUCCGAUGUGACUGCAGCACACUCUUUAUUGAGGCUAUUGUUCUCUUUAAAUCGGGCUUUUCUCUUUUGAUCUUGGUUCUGUCUUGCUCUCUGGUUCUUGUUGUUGCCCUCUGGUGUUCUGUGUGUUUGAGGCGGUGUUAAAGAGUCGUAGCAGUAAAUCUCAUCUGAUUGCACUAAACUCUCUGCACUCUGUGGUUCCUCUGUUUAUCCUCUUCCUCCGAGUAGACCUCCAGUUUCUCUCCGUGGUUCUGGUUCUAUAUCAGAUUCUGGUUCUGUGUUUUCUAAGUGUGUGUGCGCAUGUGCUCUGUGUGUGUGUGUGUGUGUGUGUGUGUGUGUGUGUGUGCAGCAGUAAUUGGUGUGUGAGCGCUGUAAAGUGUGCAGCUCUGUGGUCAGCAGAGGAACACAGCCCGCAGCGACGCCACAUUUGCUCUCAUUUUGUAAUUUCAGUGUUAAGCGUUUGUGACAGCUGACUGUAUCAGUGUUCACUGUAACACAGGCAUGCUCUGAUCAUACACACACACACACACACGCACACACACACACACACACACACACACAGACAAACAAAGACACACACACACACACACUUUCAGGACACAAUGCAGUGACCACAACUGAGCACAAACACACUCUCUCUGCUGCAGCUCUGACUGUGCAGGUGAGCGGAUUCAGGUGUCUGCGGUCAAACAUGAGGAUGGACUUUAUGGAGACCAGCUGGUCCGCAUCCUCUGGUGGUCUAUUAUGAAACACGACAGACUCGUGCUGCACGGCCGCAGAAAAACCCUCGGAUAAAGAUUUAAACUUUAGGCAUUUUACGAAGAAACUUUCAUAAUUAUUUCUGAUGACGUAGAAAUAGAAGCAGCAGGUCCUCACUCUGGAGGCUGCCAUGUUGCACCGUCAUGUUUUCUACAGGAGCUCAGAGCGGUCAAACUCAGAGAGGACAGGGUGAGAUCAGGUGUUGUCAAUGAGUUUGUACAAAUUAUGUGAAGGAUCAGACUUUUCAUCCUCCCAGGAAUCUGAGCGAAUCAAAGUUAACGUCCACACACCGCACCCAUUUCAUUUUAUGGUGACUCAGAUUAUCGCCCCACUCUCUGCUGCUCCGUGCUGCUUUGUGAGCUCUUAUCCUGACAAGCCGGAUGGAGGGAAACUCUUGAUUGUUUUAAUAUGGAGUCCAUUCAGGACUAGGGUUUUGGGAUCCAGAGCUGUUUCAACCCAUGACAUUCAAUAGCAGACUGAGCUCAAACUUGAUUGAUUUUCGGGUUUCAUAAAAUGUAAAACUGUGUUUUGAAAGUCUCGAAGACUCCAAAAUACGGCAACUGGACUGUGUAGAGUUGAGAAGACGUUUCGCCUCUUAUCCAAGAAGCUUCUUCAGUUCCAAAAUAGCAGAUGAGGGGAGCAGGUACUUAUCUCACUGGAGAAGGGGAAAACAACGUCAAUGACCUUCUCCAGUAAGAUAAAUACCAGCUCCCCUCACUAGCUAUUUUAGAGCUGAAGAAGCUUCUUGGAUAAGAGGCGAAAUGUCUUCUCAACUCUACACAGUCCAGUUGCCUGACUUUGGAGUCUUCGAAAUAACCAUGACCUGGAUGAAUGAGAAUCUACCUGGACAUAUGUGUUUUGAAAGGGAUGUUCUGGCGUUAAAUUAAUUUAGGGUCAAACACACCGUAACACUGAGAUAGACGCCUCCUCCAGAGAUGAAUGCUGCCGACUGCUUGCUUCUCAAUACAGCAAUACACAGCGGGGUGAUGCAGCUCAAGGAAGAAUAUUUAUGAUCAUUUCUUUAUCAUUUCCUUGAAGUAAUCAUCAUCAUAUUAAUCAUUUUGCACUGCAGAUGCAGUAGUUCUUCCUAAGUGUCUCGGUCUGAUUGUAUUUCCAUGAAGAAAUAAUCAUAAAUGUUCUUCCUUGAGCUGCGCCACCCCGCUGUAGUCUGUAAUGGACUGGCCUGAGGUCUCACUGGAAAACAAGCGGCUGCUGGAAGACAGUAGGUGAGUUGUGUUUACAACAUUCAUCUCUGGAGGGGCGGAGUCUAACUUGCCGUUACGGUGUGUUUGACCCUAAAUUUAUUUUAUGCCAGAGUAUCCCUUUAAAACACAGUUUUACAUUUUAUGAAACCCAAAAAUCAAUGAAGUUUGAGCUCAGUCUGCUAGCGAGUGUCAUGGGUCCCAUGAAGUACUGUUAGAUUUUUAGCACCAUUAUUUCAUAUCAAACUAAAUCAGAGGUGAUGGGCUGUCCCAUAAGGUUGUCCCGGCUCCAGCAGGUCUUCCUCUCCAUCCCCUAUGUUUGAUUUUCGUGUACUGGCUGCAGGAUGUCAUUGUGACUCGAGACGACCUCAGGGUGGUGAUGAUAAAGCCUGUUGUCAUGGUAACGCUGCCGAGGACACCAAAUGCAGUCAGAGAUGAUGCAGAGGGAGGGAGAGAGGCUGCAUGUGGGACACUGGGGGUCUCUGGUAAUUUGGCGUUAUUGUGUUUGAUGUAACAGAGAAAAAAAACCUGCAGCAGCUUCAGUUUAUCAGACUGGCUGUUCGCUCUUUCAACAUAACAAUGCUGUGAGCCAAAUGCUAACAGUGCUCCACCCAAUGACGCCCCACCCUGAACUUACUAAACUAGUCCAGUGAAGUCCUGAGAGAUAUUUGAGCUAAACUAAAGUUUAAGCUGCUAAAAGCAGGUUGUCAAUCAUGUGACUGCCCAAAACCAGUCUGGAUCAAACACCCCGGCCUUAAACAAGUCCUGUUAGCGUGGACUUUUUAUUUUUAUUUCGGACUUAAGAAAACGGGAAAACCCUGCAUAGCUGACACAAUCUAGCAUCCCUCAGGACUUGGUACAAGGCCCAUUGCUGUUUCCAUCCUCCUGUUGGGACCAGAGAUCCAGGACCAUAGCUCUCAUUCUAUGCAGAUGAUACCAUGUUGUCACUGCUGCACUUACCAUCUUUGUUGUAUUUUCGGAUGUUAACGGGUCAUUUCUGAUGAGACGGGUCAAAAAGUCGUCUCUUGUGAUUUUGUUUUGGCAGGUUGUUCAGCGUCGUCUUGGAAACCAUGACUCAUAAAUCUGGUGAGCAGGCGACAACUCAUCACGUCCCGGGGAAACCUGGAGGUCUAGAUGUCAAAGCCCUGAGAGCCUUCAGAGUCUUGAGACCCCUCAGACUGGUUUCUGGAGUCCCCAGUAAGUCUUCUGGACUAGAAAGAGUCCUAUGACUGAUUGUGUGUCCCGUGUAGUCAUACAGGUGUAACUCUCGGUGUGUCUGUCAGGUUUACAGAUUGUGUUGAACUCCAUUAUGAAGGCCAUGGUUCCUCUGCUCCACAUCGCUCUGCUGGUCCUCUUCGUCAUCAUCAUCUACGCCAUCAUUGGUCUUGAGCUCUUCAUCGGACGCAUGCACAGGACCUGCUACUGGAUAGAGACAGGUACACACGUGCUCUCUAAUAGAUGGUAAAAGGGCCCGUCCUUACUCUGCUAGUUUCUAAAACCGUCAUGUUUCAGAUAAUUUUGUGGAGGACGACCCAGUGCCGUGUGCGUUUGCGGGUCAUGGUCGUCAGUGCGUGAUUAACGGCACCGAAUGUCGGGGGAGAUGGGACGGUCCAAACGGGGGGAUCACAAACUUUGACAACUUCUUCUUCGCCAUGCUGACCGUGUUCCAGUGCAUCACCAUGGAGGGCUGGACUGACGUCCUGUACUGGGUAAAACCUCCAAAAUGCAUCAGUCAGCAACCUGACGGUAAGCAGGAAAAAAAUUCAUACUAAUCCUGAUCUCUCCUGUGUCUUUGUGUAGAUGAACGAUGCCAUUGGGUUUGAACUGCCCUGGGUUUAUUUCGUCAGCUUGGUGAUUUUUGGAUCAUUCUUCGUCCUCAACCUGGUUCUAGGUGUCCUUAGCGGGUAUGUCCUCUCAUUAAAACAAAGCCUUGUCCAAAAGAGUUGGGAUGCUGUGAACGUCAAUAACAACGUCAAUAACACUUUGGGUCAAUAACAGGGUUUCAUGGUUUAUAAACCAUUUAUAUGUCCUCAUUUAAAAUCUGACACCAACAAAGACGUUUUUAGAGGAACAGCAAACCAGAUACAAAGUUGUGUGAUGCUGAAAAUAAGAGCAGAAAAUAGAGAAGGACGAACCAAUUCUGUUUUUGAGGAUGUGAGAUUAAGAAUUGGAGACAUGUAAAGCUGUGAGUUGUCUGCAAAAAGAAGCAACACCAAUGUCCUGUUGUGGUCAGUGUGUACGCCUCGCUUGAGUGAAGUCUGGAUGUUGUCGUUAAGUUGUGUGAACAUUUUGUGAUCAUUCCAGAGAGUUCAGUAAGGAGAGAGAGAAGGCCAAGGCUCGUGGAGACUUCCAGAAGCUGAGGGAGAAGCAGCAGAUGGAGGAGGAUCUGUGUGGGUACAUGGACUGGAUCACUCAGGCGGAGGACAUGGAUGAGCUAGACGAGGACGGAAACCCUCGUAAGACGGAGGGUGGGGAAGUCUGUGUGUGUGUGUGUGUGUGUGUGUGUGUGUUUAGCAGCUCGUGUUUAUCAAUGGAUUUUCUCUUUACUUUGCCAUCUUUAUUCAGAGCCACAAACACUCCUUCAUUAAUCCUUUGUUCAUUAAAAACUCAUUCAGUGAUAACGAGUGAAUGGUCAAUGGAGCCAAUUAAAGCUUAUUAGUGAGCAGAAACAUCUUCAUUACACAGAAGGAGGAAAAAAACGAGGACAUAAGGAGUCUUAAAGGGGACCUGCCAUCAAAAAUGUAAUUUUGUGUGUUUUUGUGUCAGAUAAGGUCCAUAUUAUGUUCGUCUUAUGUUGUAAAUGUGAAAACAAACCGUUACGUCGUUUGCAUUCUGUAAAGGUUUAAAAUGAAGGAACGGGUAAACCAGGCCAAUUGAAAAAGCAGGUCCUUUUGAAGUCACGCUGACCUUGCUCAUUAUUAUUCACGAGCGCGUCCUCGGUGAGCCGCGCCCACUCUCUCGUUCUCGUACUCAUUAGCAGUCAACAUCACUCUCCAGCCAGAGCGAGACCCAGCUAUCACUGUAUCCGCUAUGGGUCUCUUCCAAACGACCGGUGUUUCCUUCGGUUCACUGCCGGGAAAAUGAACUUAAAGCUGGGCAGAUUGAAUGAGAAAACACCGCUGGAGAUCUCCGGCUUCUUCUUCAACUUCCACCUCCUCUUCGGACUCGGGGUCUAAAAUAUAUGGUUUAAUACCUGCCAUUUUUAGCCUUUAGCAUAAGGUGACCAGACGUCCCCGAUUUCCGGGGACAGUCCCUGUAUUGGAUGACCUGUCCCCGGCAAAGAGCUGUCCCCGAAAAUGUCCCUGAUUUAAGCGUUUCAUGAAUGAGAGCAAAAAUGUUGCGUGUGGGCUCGAACAACGGUUAUUACAGUAGCCGAAUAGGUAGGAAGCACAAGUAAGCAGUCCUGAACAACAGUUCUUAUGGGGGUUAUUACAAGGGGCAUGCGCUGCUACUAAAUAGUACCGAGAUUUUGUCUGUGAUCACACAGCCCCUGCACCCUCCCUGCUGCCGCCGCCGCCACACCGAAUAUCCCCGGAUAUCAUUACAGACAUCUGGGCACCUUACUUUAGCACACAUUAGCAAAAUGGAUAAACCGAAAUCCGAACCUCCACUGCUGAACCAAUCAGAGCACAGCAGGCUUCACAGCAGUGAUCCAAUCAGAGCAAAGCUCAUUACCAUAAAUGUUAAUGAGCUAAAAUCAGUUGGUUUUCCUGUAAGGUUUUUUAGGCAUACUAAAACAAACCAUCAAAUAACUUUUCAGCUAAAAUUAUGUUGCAAACAUGAUCAGAGGACAUCAAGGAUUAUGAUAAAAAUGGGUAUGAAAUUUUGAUGGCAGGUCCCCUUUAAGGAGUAAAGACAGAACUAAGUCAAUAUCAUGCUGUAGUAAAGGUGCCUGAAAACCAGAGACUAGGACUGUUGACGCAGUAGGACCAUUUAGACUUCUGAGCAGGUUCAGGUCCAGGUUUUGGGGAAUUUGAAGGUAAUCUGAUGACAUCAGGUUUGACAUCCAAUUACAAAACAAACACAAUAUGAAACUACAAACCAAAAACCUAAACCAACUAUCCAACCAAAAAACAACCAAAAAACAACCAACUAACUGACAUAAAACCAACCAACCAAAAAACAACCAAACAAACAAUAAACCAACCAAACAAAAAACCCACCAACCAACCAAUCAACCAACCAAAAUCCAACCAACCAAAAACCAACCAACCAAUCAACCAACCAAAAACCAACCCACUGGCCAACCAAAAACCAACCAAUCAAUCAAGAACCAUAAAAAAACCAACAACCAAGCAACCAAAACUAAUUGAAAAUCAACCAAAACAAAAACCAACCAACCAGAAACAUACUGAAAAUCAAUCAAGAACCAACUGACCAACCAACUGACCAACCAACCCAAAACCAAUCAAAAACCAAUCAACCAACAAACCAACCAAAAACCAACCAAUCAACCAAGAACAAAUUGAAAACCAACCAACUGAAAACCAACCAAUCAACCAAGAACCAACUAAAAACCAACCGACCAACCAACCAAAAACCAAUUGAAAUCAACCAAAAACCAACUAAAAACCAACUGACCUACUAACCAACCAAUUGAAAACCAACCAACCAACAAACCAAACAAAAUCCAACCAACCGGCCAACCAAAAACUAAUCAAUCAACCAAAACCCACCUAAAAAUCAACCGACCAACAAACCAACUAAAACAAAAACCAACUGACCAACCAGGAACCAAUCAACCAACAAAAAACAACCAGCCUACCGACCCACCAACCAACCUAGAACCAAUUAAAAACCAAACAAACACAUAAACAAACAAAAAUCAACCAAAAACUGACCAACCAAUCAAGAACCAACUUAAAACCAACUUACCAACCAACCAAGAACCAAUUAAAAACCAAAGUCAACCAACCAAAAACCAACCAAACAAGAACCAACCAAACCAACCAAAAUCCAAACAACCAAAAUCCUACCAACCCACAAACCACCCAAAAACCAACCAACCAAAACCAUCAAUCCAUCCAUCCAUCUUUCCUCAUCUCUCUUCUCAGCAGCAUUUCCGGGUCUUUUCUGGGGGAUUCUGUGGUAUUUCUGUUUAGAUAUGUUUUUCAGUUCUUGGGGUGAGUUCUGGUUCUGCCCCGGGAGAGUGUCCUUCCAGGUUGACAAGCCUGGAGACCCUCUAAAGGGAGGCAGUGGACAUCUUUAUCAGAUGCCAGAACCAUGCUUUUGAUGUUCAGCUCUUCUCUGAGGUCCUGAGUCUCUGUUUAAGGCUGAGCAGAUACCUGCAGGAGGAAACUCAGCUCAGCAGCUCGUAUCUGCACUGCUAACACCAUGUUGAUGCCAUGCCAUCUAUCCAUCUCACAGUUCAUUUUACCCUCUCUGUGAGUGAAACCCUGAGCUUUUGAAACUCUUUCACUUGGAGUAAAGAUCUACUCCUAACAAGGAGGAUUAUGCUUCUAAGCUGUUCUCCUGCAGGGAUCCAGGCCUGAGAGUUGAGAAUGCUAACUCUCCUCUUAGCUGCUCUGAUGCCUGCUGGUCCCAGAAACCAACAGAGCCACAUCAUCUGCAAAAAGCAGCGACAGUAGUCUGAAACCCUUGACCCAGAAAUCCUUAAGAUCACAAACAUUUAACUCAGAUUUAAAAUCCCUGUUUUUUAAUUAGAUUUGAUCGGACUGAAGCAGUGACUCCGAAAAUGUCUUUCAGCACUGAAAUCUGGACUCAUUUCUGUCUGAUGCUCAGAGAAACAAUUCCAGCUGAGAUGUAUUUACUUCUGUUUCAGUAAUUUUUACCUUUUCGCUGCAGUAAUGAGAUGUGAAAUGUCAAACACUUUCAGGUGAAUAACACAAGUUCUCUUUCCCUCUCUGUCAGGGCCGUCCCUGGGCGAUCUGUCGGACAAGAAGAGAGGGAAGUUCGGAUGGUUCAGUCACUCCAAUGAAACCCACGGUGAAGCCUUGUUCUUCACUCAAACCUCUUUAACAUCAGCUCUGUUCAAAAAACCUCUCAAGCACAGAAAAUACACUGCUGUGUGUGUGUGUGUGUGUGUGUGUGUGUGUGUGUGUGUGUGUGUGUGUGUGUGUGUGUGUGUGUGUGUGUGUGUGUUUCCCAUCAGUCUAAAUGUAGAAAGCCUUCUUUCCCGCUGUCCUGUUAGUAUCUGGGUCUCUGUCUGAGCUCAUCUUUCUCUGACCCUGAUUCUCAUCAUGAGCUAUCUCUCUUUCUGUCACUUCACGCAGCCUCUUAGACAUACAUAUUUAUCAUGCUAACUUCCUAAAACAGUGACACAAACAAAUGCAAAUAAAAAAUCACUGAGAGACCACGAGAAAAACAAGCAAACGUCACAAAACCAGACCAGAGUUUGAAGAAAACUGCAAUGUGUCCUUUAACUUAACCAAGUCCUGGACUCAAUGAUGCCAAAUCUACCAAGUGACCAUCCUCAGGGCAAAGCUGAGUGGACAUGAAGUCCUCAUCAGGAUGUGGUCAAUGCUGAGUGAGACAUGGUCUGCAUGAAAGCUCAGAAACAAACAUGGAGGGACAGUGUCCAAUACAGGGAAACUGGGACUCAGCUCAGACUAGAGCAUGACACGGUAGUGGAUUUUCACUCCUGUCCCGUCCCACUCCCAGAGAAAAAAUCCCGUCCCGUCCCAAUCCCGGACCGAAGUAAAAAAAAAAAAUCCCGUCCUGUCCCACUCCCGUAGAAUGACUCCCACUCAAAAUUACUCCCACUCCUGUCCUGCUCCCGUUUGAAUAAAAUCAAACAUGCUGAAAAAAUGUUGCAUUUUUUUUUUUUAGGUAAAAGUGCAGUGCAUAUAAAAGGCAUUGCCUUUGAGUUUCACAUGCCUGACAUUCGGUCGGUGUAAACAAAGUGCAUAUACACUCACCGGCCACUUUAUUAGGUACACCUGUCCAACUGCUCGUUAACACUUAAUUUCUAAUCAGCCAAUCACAUGGCGGCAACUUAGUGCAUUUAGGCAUGUAGAUAUGGUCAAGACAAUCUCCUGCAGUUCAAACCGAGCAUCAGUAUGGGGAAGAAAGGUGAUUUGAGUGACUUUGAACGUGGCAUGGUUGUUGGUGCCAGAAGGGCUGGUCUGAGUAUUUCAGAAACUGCUGAUCUACUGGGAUUUUCACGCACAACCAUCUCUAGGGUUUACAGAGAAUGGUCCGAAAAAGAAAAAAUAUCCAGUGAGCGGCAGUUCUGUGGGCGGAAAUGCCUUGUUGAUGCCAGAGGUCAGAGGAGAAUGGCCAGACUGGUUCGAGCUGAUAGAAAGGCAACAGUGACUCAAAUAACCACCCGUUACAACCAAGGUAGGCAGAAGAGCAUCUCUGAACGCACAGUACGUCGAACUUUGAGGCAGAUGGGCUACAGCAGCAGAAGACCACACCAGGUGCCACUCCUUUCAGCUAAGAACAGGAAACUGAGGCUACAAUUUGCACAAGCUCAUCGAAAUUGGACAAUAGAAGAUUGGAAAAACGUUGCCUGGUCUGAUGAGUCUUGAUUUCUGCUGCGACAUUCGGAUGGUAGGGUCAGAAUUUGGCGACAACAACAUGAAAGCAUGGAUCCAUCCUGCCUUGUAUCAACGGUUCAGGCUGGUGGUGGUGGUGUCAUGGUGUGGGGAAUAUUUUCUUGGCACUCUUUGGGCCCCUUGGUACCAAUUGAGCAUCGUUGCAACGCCACAGCCUACCUGAGUAUUGUUGCUGACCAUGUCCAUCCCUUUAUGACCACAAUGUACCCAACUUCUGAUGGCUACUUUCAGCAGGAUAAUGCGCCAUGUCAUAAAGCUGGAAUCAUCUCAGACUGGUUUCUUGAACAUGACAAUGAGUUCACUGUACUCAAAUGGCCUCCACAGUCACCAGAUCUCAAUCCAAUAGAGCAUCUUUGGGAUGUGGUGGAACGGGAGAUUCGCAUCAUGGAUGUGCAGCCGACAAAUCUGCGGCAAUUGUGUGAUGCCAUCAUGUCAAUAUGGACCAAGCUCUCUGAGGAAUGCUUCCAGCACCUUGUUGAAUCUAUGCCACGAAGAAUUGAGGCAGUUCUGAAGGCAAAAGAGGGUCCAACCCGUUACUAGCAUGGUGUACCUAAUAAAGUGGCCGGUGAGUGUAUAUAAACAAUGGGGUUUCUAGACUAAAUUACUCCCUGGGCGAGGGGACUAAAACUAAAACCUGACCUUGCCUUCCUUGAUACAAAAUCAUCAAUAAUCUCGUCAUAAGAAAUCUGCUCCCCUAUUAACCCAUUAAGACCUGAACCCUGUCUGAGCUGCGCCUCUGAAAUCCUGAGGGCCAUUUUGAGAGGGGUCCCCAGAUUUGGAGGUUUUCUUAACUGUUGAGGUUUACAAAAAAAGCUGAUAUCUCAGCCUCUGUUGCAGAUAGAAAGAGGAUUCAAAAAGUAUUUGAGAGCUUACAGGUUUGGCUUUCAAGAAAGCUAUUUAUUAUUUUUCUGAACCUUUACCACAUUAUUAAAAACCUUGAACAAACAAACUUAAAUGAAAUAAAGCCACUGUAUAAAUAAAAGUAAAGACUCCGCUGGAGAAUAACAAACUAUUUGCUUUCUGUAAAACAAGUGGCAGUCAUGAAAAGGUGUCCAUUCAACACAAAUGUUAAUAUAAAAAAUAAAGUGUUGAAAGGGUAUGCAGCUGCCCUAGUAUAGUGCCAGUACAAGACCAACACUUAAAACUAGAAAAAUGAAUAAAUAAAUGUCUGACAGUGUGUUCAUGUCUGUGCUCACCCACAGUCAUGAAACUGGUUGUUCACACUGCUGGAUGUUUCUCCUCCAAAGCUGCUCUCUGCCUCCGUCAUUGUUUACUUUACUCUUGAAGCACGUAGCAAGAUUCGAGCAUGAAUCCGAGCGCUUCAUUCGCCUAUCAGAGGUAGACGAGUAUGAUGAUUUGAUUCGCCACGACUUCAGAAAUGAUUAAAAAACUACAGAAUGUCACAAAAUGACGUAUCCGCGCUCCUGGCUUGAAGGGUAGAAAUGCGCAGCCGCGCUCUCAACUUGGAGGGCUGAUAUGCGUAAAUACUGUUCUGGUUUAAAUGGGUUAAGUGAUUGAUGCUGAUGAAGACAAGGCCAGUGAGCCGUUCCUGAGACAUGGUUGACCUUUGGUACGAUUUCAUCAACUUCAGUUUUGAGAAGCUCCUCUCUGCUUGAGCCACCGUGACUGGCAGAGUGAGAGCAAUCCUGAGAGCAGAGCUGUCCCCCUCUCCCCAUUUCGUCUCAUACAGUCUGUCAGCCUCUGUGCGGCACCUUCGCAGCAAGCAGAGGUGCCUACAGCAACAGGGGGGCGCCAAUUUGACAACAGGAGUUCAUACGAAACCGCUUUGCGGUGCAGAUUUAUUAUUAUUUUCUUUUUUCUUUCUUUUUUGGAAGUGCUCGUGCCGCCCCCCAUGAGUCAUGACACAAAUGCUGUCCCGGGCGGCUGUCCGGUUCACCCCUGCCUAGAACCGCUACUGUAUAUGUAUAUAUUCUUGUUGAGGUAAUGUGGGAGAACUACAUCAGUUAUGUGUGUUGCCGGCAGCCACUCUGAGUCGCUUUUCACUUUCGGUGGUGAUAGGAAGUCAAACCACUGUUGUAGUUCUUUUGUGUUGCUAGCGCGGUCAAGAGUGUUGGCUCUCACUGAGAGAUGACUACAAAAAUGGACGCAUCUGUUCAUCUGGUUGUUUAACAUGGCUGAAAAUGAUAAUCUAUUAAUGUUGUUCCUGCUCCUGCCCGCUCCCGUUGCUUUUUUUUCCCGUCCCGUCCCGGGAUUAUUUAAAAAAUGACUCCCAUCCCAUUGGAUUCCCACGGGAAUCACAUGACCUAUGGGAAUUACCGAAAAAAGUCAUCCUCUACCUUAGACCCAGCAGAAAACCAGUCAAGUGAAACUAAGACUCAGCAAACACAUAUACAGUAAAACGAAGACUGUAAAGACAGAUUAAGUGAAACCCAGACUAGGAGGUGACAGAAACAUUGAAAGUCAAACUCAGCAGAACAGAGACGAAUGUAAUAUAACCGAGACUCAGUAGGGACAAAUAAUUGAAAACAGAGCUUCUUUAGAGACAUUUACUGUGAAACUGAAACUCUGCAAAUACGUUUACUGUGAAAAUGAAAGUCUUCAGAAAUUGACUGUAAAACUGAAACUCUUUAAAGACAUUUACCGUAAAACUAACACUCUUUAGACAUUAACUAUGUUACUGAGACUCUGCAGAGACAUUGACUGUAAAAAUGAAACUGUUUAAAGACAUUUACUGUGAAACUGAAACUCUUCAGAGACAUUUACUGUGAAACUGAAACUCUUUAGAGACAUUGACUGUAAAUCUGAAACUCUUACUGUAAAACUAAAACUCUAUUGAGACAUUUACUGUAAAACUGAAACUCUUUAACGACAUUUACUGUAAAACUGAAACUCUUUAACGACAUUUACGGUAAAACUAAAACUCUAUUGAGACAUUUACUGUAAAACUGAAACGCUUACUGUAAAACUGAAACUCUGCAGACAUUUACUGUGAAGCUUAAACUCUUAAGAGACAUUUACUGUGAAACUGAAACUCUGCAGACAUUAACUGUAAAACCGAAUCUCUUCAGACAUUUACUGUAAAACUGAAACUCUUUCGAGACUGAUGCAAUGACACUGAGACUCAGUGAAGACAGGUACAGUGAAACAAAGACUGCAGAGACACAUGGACAGGGGUUUUGGGAGUUGGUUUCCACUGGGGAACAUCCUGGUUCUGAUCUUAGCUAACAGGUCAUAAAAGUGGGACCUGGUCUUCUUCAGUAAGCUAGAAGCUGCAAGAGAGUCUGUCCAGACUGGGUCCAUGAAGGAGGUUCUGGUUUACCAACAAUCAUGAACACAGAUGUGAGUGAAGACCUGUGUCUUUGCUGAUGAUGUUUGUCUGUUUCUCUGUAUGUCAGCGAGUCUUCCUGCCAGUGAAACAGCCUCUGAAAACACCGUCAACAUUGAUGAGGAACACACUGACUGCUGCCAGGCCUGCUGGUAACACACACACACACACACACACACACACACACACACACACAGCUGAUGUUUGUUUGAUUGUUUACUUACCUCUCUGGUUUUUCAGCUCGAAGAUGAUGAAGAUCGGCUGCUGGUGAGUUUACUGACAGUCAGAAAAACUCACUUCCUCCCCUCACAGUCCUCGCUCUGAACCCUUGUCUGUCUCCUCGCUCUCAGUCGGACGUUACGCCGGUGGAAUCGAGUGUGUCGUCGAAACUGUCGCACAGCUGUCAAAUCUGUGACGUUCUAUUGGCUGGUUCUGCUGCUCGUCUUUCUCAACACCUCCCUCAGCGCCUCCGAGCACUACAACCAACCUGAUUGGCUCACACAAGUCCAAGGUAACGCAGUAAAGUGAUGACAGAGAAGUGGAAAUAAGGAACGGGCUGCAGGGGCUGUGAUAAAAUGAUGCUGGGGUGUCUCCUCUGUCUCGUAGACAUCGCCAACAAGGUGCUGCUGUCCCUGUUCACGGUGGAGAUGUUGUUGAAGAUGUACAGUCUGGGUCUGGCUCAUUACUUCGUGGCAUUCUUUAACCGCUUCGACUGCUUCGUGGUGUGCGGCGGCAUCAUGGAAACCAUCCUGGUGGAGCUGGAGAUCAUGCCUCCUCUGGGGAUCUCUGUGCUGCGCUGUGUCCGCCUGCUCCGGAUUUUCAAGGUGACACGGUGAGGAAACACACCUUAAACAGGUAACAGCUGGUUUAUUGCUCCACCUCUGAUUCCUCUGAUGUCACUGUGUCUCUGCUCAGCCAUUGGACAGCUCUGUCUAACCUGGUGGCGUCCUUGUUGAACUCCAUGAAGUCCAUUGCCUCCCUGCUGCUCCUGCUCUUCCUCUUCCUCAUCAUCUUCGCUCUGCUCGGGAUGCAGCUGUUUGGAGGGAAGUUCAACUUUGACGAGACGCAGACCAAACGCAGCACCUUUGACGCCUUCCCUCAGGCACUGCUCACCUGCUUCCAGGUAAGACAGGGACAGCCUGCCAAGUGUUUAAACCACAAUGGAUGCUGGUCCAUUCUGCCCCUUUAAUGAAAGAGUCUACUGUGUGUACUGGUCCUGGUCUGGACUCUGUGUGCAGAUCUUAACUGGUGAGGACUGGAACGUGGUGAUGUAUGACGGCAUCAUGGCGUACGGUGGGCCUGUGUUUCCCGGAAUGAUCGUCUGCGUGUACUUUGUCAUCCUCUUCAUCUGUGGUAACUGUAUCCUUCACCACCUGGAGGUCAGAGGUCAGAGAGGAAGAAGUACUGUGAUACUGCAGUAAAAGUCCUGAUACCACACUGAGCGAAUACUCUGCAAGAACUUACGAAUACUGAAGAAAACCAGAAACCUGCAGGUGUGUUCAAGUUCUGCAGGAAAGCAGAGAUCUGUGAUCAGAGUUUACUGAUUCUUAACGUGAGUCAGACAUCCUGCUGAAUGUCUUCUUGGCCAUUGCUGUGGACAACCUGGCGGGAGGAGACGGAGACGACAAAAAGGAGGAGUGAGUGAAGGAGAGAUUGAAAAAACACAGAAAGACAAAAUAAAAACCUCAAACCCAACGGAGUUAAAGGUGGAGUAGUCAGGAUCUGAUGAAGUUCCAGUUUUUUGGGAGAAAUCUUGUAAUGUAAACUCUACCCCUCCCAACCAGUUUCCCCCUCAGCUCCUCCUCUCUGAAGCCCCGCCCACAAACAGACGCUCCUGCUCGCUCGUAUCGUUCCAAUUAAAUUCAGAUAUAAUGCAGAUAAAUACUUCAGAUCAUUACAAAUGGGGCCCAGUCAAGAUGAAAGUAAAAAGCAUUGGUGCUACUGUAGAUGCCAACAGACUACCAGCAAACACAAUGUUUGCAGGACUUCUACAACUAGGAUAAAGUGACAUAGUCCAGGACCCGAGGGAGGACAGUUUAGUGGCGCUACAACACGCUACAGCAGGUCCGUUUGACAAGAAACACUUCUGUUACAGACACUUGGCUUACUUUGUUAAAGCGGUUUACCUGUCCAGCAGAAAGGUUACAGGGUCACCAAGAUCCCGAAGCGUCCCCCACAUAGACUGUAUAGACUAUGGACAACUUGGUUCCUCCAUCCGCCAGUAUACAGAUUUGAAGCCCAAAAAAUUUCUGUAUUUCCAAAUUUUUUCUCCAUUUCCUGAAACCAACAUUGCGCAUUAGCGUUGUACGCAUUCGGCGGGAGAGUCACUGUGAUGACACUCGGCUCAAACAGCGUAUCCCCCGGUGAGGUACGCAAUCUUCGUAUGAGAAAUGAGAAACAUUUGUAUUCUGUGUCAUUAAUUUAUGACCUAUACUGCAGCCCGUCACCAGAGGGUGCUGUUUUCAGAGUGGCUUCACCAAGCGAGGAGGCAGAUGGUGUCUGUUCCAUAUACAGUCCCCAUCGUUUAUGUUGACCCAGCUUUUUAGCUCUUGUCCGGUCUACCUCCGUUUUAAGCGCCCUUUAUUCCUCCAGAGUUUCCGGCAUUUACUUUGUUUUCUUGCUUGUGUCGGCAGUCGUGGCCAAAGGAGGAUUCAGACAAUUUUCUGAACUCUCUGGUUGGUUUCUACUGUCCGAUAUUGUAGCACGCUAACUUUGUUUGGGCUCCUGAACAACACGGGGGAGCAGUGUCUGCCUCACAACCAAUCAGGUUGGGGAGGCGGAGAACGGCUUUGUUUACAGUCGGAAAGAGCGACACACAAACUGUUAAAAUGUGACUACACCGACAUAACAAAACAGCGAUAUUGUGAUAUUACCAAAUGUCAUCAAUAACUAAUAACUAUUGACUAAUAUUGAAAGCUUUUUUGUAAAUACACCACAAAAAAAGAUUCUUCUUUAACAGAAUCCUGCCUACCGUACCUUUAAGAGGAAGUGUUAAGAGAGUACGAUCUGAUCAUUCAAGAAUUGAGUAAAAAUUUAUUCAACAGUGAAAAAAACAUUCAGAGGCUGAAACUGAAAAUGUUUUUGUUUGAUGGAAAUAUGAAAAGGUUCUGAUAGCGGAACAAACUGUUUCCUCGGUGUGCGGACUCUUCUGGACUCAGUAAAGUGUGAAAAAAGGAGCGAUGUGACUUCCCUCGUCUUUGUGGUCAUUUCUGCAGGAAGAAGGCGGAGGGAGGCGAGGGAGAGGAGGCUGAAGAAGAAGGAGAAGUGAAGGUAACAAAGAGGUCAAAGUCCGGCCACUCAUCCUGACAGUGAGUCCAUAAGGGUGACGUUGUUUGUCUCUGCAGGUAGAGGUGGAUGAAGAUACUGAAUACGAGGAGGAGGAGGAGCCAGUGGAAGGAGACGACGGUCAGUUAGAGCGGAUUAAAAUACGCCGUGAUUACGAGACUCACAGGUGCAUCAUCGUUUACCCUCACCUCUUUUUUUCUCUUUCCUUCCUUCCUAUCUCCUCCUUUUUUUUUUUUACCCCUCCUAUUCAGAUGGAGGAGUCCAGUUAAAGAUGGCCGACCUGGCUCCUCCUAAAGAGAAGGUUCUUCCUAUCCCAGAGGGCAGUGCUUUCUUCUGCCUCAGCAAAACCAACCCGUGAGUCUGAGUGCACCUGUUUAACACCUGUUUACCUUUAGCAUUAGCAUUAGCAUUUUAUUUAUUUCACCUUUAUUUAAAUUUACCAGUCGAUCUACGUGCCGAUCCUCACCUAUGGUAAUGAACUUUGGGUAAUGACCAGUGAACAAGAUUGCGGAUACAAGCAGCCAAAAUGGGUUUCCUCUGCGGGGUGGCCGGGCUCAGCCUUAGAGAUAGGGUAAGGAGCUCGGACACUCGGGAGGCGCUCAGAGUAGAACCGCUGCUCCUCCAUGUUGAGAGGAGUCAGCUGAGGUGGCUCAGGAAUCUGGUUAGGAUGCCUUCUGGACGCCUCCCGUUAGAGGUGUUCCAGACAUGUCCCACCGGGAGGAGACCUUGUGACAGGCCCAGGACCAGGUGGAGGGAUUAUAUCUCUCGCGUGGCCAAGCCUGGCCAAGAAUAGCAGCAAAGCAGUUUCAAAACAAAAAACAAACACACUCAGACUCACACAGCUCAACAUCAGCAACAAGUACAGUCAAAAUAAAACGCCAGCUAAAGCAGUGGCAUACAGACAGUUUUCACCACAGGAUUUUAAAACACUCAGAGACACUUGAUUAUGUAAUAUAAAUUCAAUCUGCAGGUUAUUUCACACAAAAGGAGCAGAAAACCUAAAGGCCUUCUGUCCCAGCUCUUCGGGAACAGCAAACUGCACAAAGUCAAGCAAAUGCAAAUGAUGUAAUCCUUACUUUAUGAUGAGCAAGGAGGAAAGGUAGUCUGGAGGGUUGCCUAGAACAGCUUUCUAGAUAAAGACAUACCAAUGUCCAAUGAGGCGAUGUAUUCUUAGAGAAUAUAUCAAAGAGGUUCAUUUGGCUUACGUAUGAAUAUUGAUCUCAAUUUUUUCCUUUUUUAAAGCCUGUAAGGUGAAGUGUUGUACCUGACAAGUUCCGGCUACUUUGCCUCUGCAGCCUUCAUCAGAGGUGUCACGUGAUGGUAGUGUGACGUCUUCAGUGGUGCGUUAUAUGAGUUUUUUCAGACAAAAAACGCGGAGCGGAUUGUAAGCAAAGCAAGAAAUGCCUUGGUGAGAGAAAGAAUUCGUUGCACGGAAAAUAAGAUCAACAACAUCAAAGGGCAAUUGUCUGAGAAAAGGAGGGGAUUUAAACAACGUUUCCCCCUGGACGCGGAAAUCGAGUGGAUUAUGAAUGAACACCUACAACGUGAGCACGAGAAGGAAUUCGAAAAAGCAAAAAGCCGUCACAUCAGAAAACUUGAGAGGCUAACCACAGUAAAAAAGGAGGAAGAACACAGCAACAAAAGAAAGAAAUGGGUAUGCAACCUUUCACAAUGCAAACUAACAGAAGUAGAAAGCAGUGUGUUAGCUUGCGGUCUAAAUUUUGCCACAACGCCAAUUAACAUACCGUACAAAGAUUUCAUUGUAGCAACAGAGUUAGCGUGUCAAAAAAUAGCAAACCAAGGCGACAAAUCCGAUUUACGCAACGAGAUAGCGGGAAUACUGAAAUCUGCCAAAAUAACUCACAAGAACACCAGUAGUAAAGAAUGGACGGCUAUACAAUCAAUAGCUAAAGACAAAACUAUCACAGUGUUGCCUGCAGAUAAAGAGAGAACGACAGUUAUUAUGGACACAAAACAAUACGAAAACCAAAUGAUAGCCAUGCUGGAGGAUAAAGACACAUAUGAAGUACUGAAAAAGGACCCUACAGAGGAAAAUAAGAAAAAACUGAAGACUUUACUUAAACCAUUAGUAGACGAGGGAAAAAUAGACAAGGAUAACUACAAUUUCUUAGUACCCACAGCCAGUAUCACCCCCAGAAUAUAUGGCACCCCAAAAAUACACAAAAAAGACGUUCCGCUCCGCCCCAUUGUUGACAGCAUAGGAUCUGUUACAUACAAUCUUUUGAAAGCCCUGGUUGAGAUAAAAAACCUCUCCUAGGCCGGACAAAGCAACACUGUAAGAACUACAGUGUUCUUAGAGAAGUCCAGCUGACCUUUGAGUCUAAGUCACAGUGGUGAGUAAGAAGUCUACAGUUGGUGAUAAAUCUCAGAGUUCCAUGGUAAACACUGUCCAACAUCUGUAGACUCUGAGCAGAAGCAUUCAUGGACAGUAAAUCCAGACCAUAAUCCAGAACAGGUCAAAAUGUUAACUCAACAAGUCUCUUUUUAACCAUAAAAGAGAAACAAGACUUGUUUCUGUAGAAAAACCAAGUAAAACCUUUUUGGUAACAUACUCUUUUCAUCAAGCAAAAACCCCAGAUAUUUAAAGGUGGAAACCAGUUCAAUUUCCUGACUAUCCUUAGUAACAAUUUUCCCAGGCAAGAUUAUUUUAGCCACUCUAGAUGAUGUGAAGAACAUGAGUUCAGUUUAGUCUGCAUUUAGAACAAGCUGCAGCUGGCUGACCUGGGAUUCCCACCGCAUCCGGAACAGCAGCAAUUUUCGCCCUACACCAAAUCCUGGAUCUGUUUGUGAGACAAAUUCUGUGGCAAAUACGGACAGUGGAAAAUUGCGAGAACUCAAGAGAACCCAUGGAUUCACAUGCAAUCGGGUGAAAACGAGUUGUCUUAAGCCACAGAGGCCAACAAUAUAAGCAGUAGAUUGUGUCCUUCCAGAGGAGGAAAUCUACUUCUAGACGUCGAGAAUCAGCAUCUCCUUAACCAUGGUGUCAUCAGGGUGAAAUGACAUCUAAAAACCUUUCACUUGUUUGUCUCCGCCCCUUUGCAUGGUGCGAAAUACGAUCCGCCUGAGACACAGAGUGUUUUAUUUUGAAAAGAAAUCGGUUUUACUUUGUGACUUCCUUUCCAGCACGGGCUAAUCUGUGCUGAAUUUAUCCGGCAUGCUACGGCGUCCGUUAAAAAUCAAACUCUUGCGAUCAGCUGCGGAGCGAUCCGCAGAGGAAUGGAAAGAAGCAGGUGGAAACAUGUUGACAUGUUAACUUGAAUGGUUAUGAUCAGCUACGAUCGGCGGAUCCGGCCUUUUCAUAGACAUUCAGGAUGGGGUAGAAAUUGCCAGUAAACUGAUCCUGAACUAAAUCCAACGCAUGCAGAAGAUUUGUAAAGGCUUGUGCAGGUGAAGGUGCGCAGCUGUAGAUUACCGUAUUAUCAGCAUAGAAAUGAAGCGAUGAAUUGGGAACAUUUUGUCCAAUCACAUUUAUAUACAAUGUAAACAACAGGGGGCCCAAUACAGACCCUUGAGGCACCCCUUCUCACAGAGGUAACACCACCUAAUUAAACAGCCUGAGUUCUGUCAGUCAGAUAGUUGGAAACCCGACCAACAGCUUGUUCCGAGAACCCAGUAGCUCUGCGACGGCGUUAGCAUUAGCAUUAGCAUUGCAGAUUGAGGGUCUCUUUAACCUCCUGACUCGAUGACUCGGCUUUCACUGACGUGCUCUGGUCAGUCUGUGAGGAUGUUUUUUUUAGGGCUGAUGACACUCGAUCUCCUUCUCUGCCUCCUCCAGGAUCCGUGUGGCCUGUCACACUCUGAUCCACCACCACAUCUUCACCAACCUCAUCCUUGUCUUCAUCAUCCUCAGCAGCUGCUCACUGGCUGCCGAGGAUCCAAUCAGAGCCCACUCCUUCAGGAACAAUGUGAGUAAAUGUGGGGUCCUGUUCCAAACUCUGAGACAAUAAGAUUUAGACUGGGUUCAGAGAUAUUAUCAUGACGACCCCGUUAGUGAUUGUGAUAAUGUUGUACCUACACCUCUGCAGUUUGAGUGGGCGGGGGGCAGGGCUUGAAAAGAUUACACAGCAGAAGUGGGUCAGUGACUAACCCGGUUAGAGAGGAAACACACAGAGAGAGCAGAUCACCAGUUUACUGUCUGAUCCUGACACACCGCACACACACACACACACACACACACACACACACACACACACACACACACACACACACACACACACACACACACACACACACACACACACUGUGCAGCAGCUGUCUUCAUGCAAGACGUAGCAAUUAGCAGCAGCUGGAGAAAGACAUCACUUCUAAUAUGCAAUCAUUGCACACACACACAAACAACUACACACACACCACAAACAAACAACAACAUACACAUUCCAAAAUACACACACAAACAACCACACACAUCACAAAAAUACACACACAAACCACACACAACAAAAACACAUACACAAACAACUACACACAACAAAAACCCAAACACACCAAAAGGACACACCACAAAAACACACACACAAACACACGCCACAAACACACACACAAAACUACACACAAACCACACACUCACACACAAACAACUACAUACACCACAAAAACACACACACAAACACACAAACAACUACACACAACAAAAACCCAAACACACCAAAGGACACACCACAAAAACACACACACAAACACACGCCACAAACACACACACAUACACACACAAAACUACACACAAACCACACACUCACACACAAACAACUACAUACACCACAAAAACACACACACAAACACACAAACAACUACACACAUCACAACCCCCCCACACACACAAUCAACUACAAACACAACAAAAAACACACACACACAAACACACAAACAACUAGAAUUUUGUUGCGUUGUUUGUUUGUUUCGUGUUGUUUGUCAGCAUCAUGUUGUUUGUUGGUAUUGUGUUGUUUGUUUGUGUGGUGUUGUUUGUUGGUGUUGUGUUGUUUGUUUUUGUUGUGUUGUUUGUUUGUGUCGUGUUUUGUUUGCUUGUGUCGUGUUGUUUGCACUCUUCUGUUUUUUGUUGUGUAGAUUCUGGGUUAUGCCGACUACGCCUUCACCUCCAUCUUCACUGUGGAGAUUCUGCUGAAGGUAAAAACAACCACCAACUCAGAAACUAGAAUUUAGGAUUUCACCUCUUUUUUCCUCCUAGUUAAAUGUUUACGCUCUCUCUCUCUCUCUCUCUCUCUCUCUCUCUCUCUCUCUCUCUCUCUCUCUCUCUCUCUCUCUCUCUCUCAGAUGACGGUCCACGGGGCGUUCCUCCAUCAGGGCUCUUUCUGCAGAAACUGGUUCAACUUGUUGGAUCUGCUGGUGGUCAGCGUGUCUCUGGUCUCCUUCUUCCUCCAGUCAGUAUCUGAACUGUUAGCGAACAUUUGCAUUAAUGCUAACUUAAACAAAAGGAAAAUUAAAGGACUUCGGCAUUAGUUUAACGACUGAGGAAAUUCUGAGGUGAAAAAUGGCGACAAAGUAAUGUUAGUAAUCUAAUCUCAUAAAUUUAUUUCCAGGAGAGUAAAAUCCUGAAUGUGCACUCUGAUUAUCACAGAUUACAAUCCUCAUUCUUUAGUUACUGAAAACGACACGAAGCAAAAAGAGAUUAUAAUCUCUGAAGACUGUGAUGGAGUCACUAAAAAUAAUCCUUUGAAGCAUUUAUCCACAUGUUGAAAGAAGCUCAAGUUAGCGUUAGUGAUGGGGUGAACUGUUCUUUUGACUGAAUCUUUAGCAGUCAGUGCUUCGGAGCCCCAUCCUGCCGGUGCAGUACACAAGUGAGUGACACAGCGGCGAGUUCGUUCAUUGACCAAGCCCCUCCCCUCCCCUGCUGCUGUAGUCACAGCGUCGUUCACUGGGUGACACAUGUCGUUCAUUUGCCAAGUCCUGAAGAAAGAAUCACUCCCCUGCCCUGAAAAACGUACCUCUCUGUAUGUCGCUGUCCGUCGGCGGAAACAACACAGCAGCAAGCAGCAUGCCCGCUAAAUGAGCGCGAGUGGAGAGAUUACAAAUAACUAAACAUGGCAGCUGUAGCAGGGAUUCUAAUACUUUUAAAGAUAUCAAAUAUCGUAUUUCUUUAAAUUGGCUGAAAUUAAAUCCUUCUUAUAGGAAAGUUUAUACACGUGUAUCAAUGGAAAAGCGCUAUAAUGACCUGUUUUAUCUUAGCCUCAGUCAACGAACAGCUGCUCAGCAGUUGGUGAACAGCGCUACACCCCUCCCUCCUCCGCCCACCUAUUGAUCAUCUUAUCAGGUGCAUUUAUUAAUGUCUGGCUGCAGUUCCUGGAUGUUAAGAGGUAAUUGUAUUGAAUAUAAAGUCUCAUGUGUGUCUCAAAGGGACCGUGAGUGAUCUGAACAUCUGGAUGCUUUCAUGUAGUAAGAAUAGCUGACUGACCCUGUGUGUGUGUGUGUGUGUGUGUGUGUGUGUGUGUGUGUGUGUGUGUGUGUGUGUGUGUGUGUGUAGUUCGAGUGCAAUCUCAGUGGUGAAGAUUCUCCGAGUCCUUCGAGUGCUUCGACCUCUGAGAGCCAUCAACAGAGCCAAAGGACUCAAGGUAACAGCACACUGAGAGCACCUGUGAGUGAGCUGCGUUCUCAUUGGUCAGCUGCUUAUUCAUUUUACAGUAGAAUAAACAGGUGUGUGUGUGUUUCAGCAUGUGGUCCAGUGUGUGUUCGUGGCCAUCAGGACCAUCGGGAACAUCAUGAUCGUCACGACUCUGCUUCAGUUCAUGUUCGCCUGCAUCGGUGUGCAGCUGUUCAAGGUGAGACUCUGGUGAAGGUACUCGCCAUUGUGUGUCCUUAGCUCUCUGUAGACCUUAGUGAACCCAGCAGACCAGGUUCUGGAGUCUGACACUCAGUGUGUUUACAUGCACAGCUUAAUAGGACUAAGCUCGUCAUUUUCUUCCGCCUAAUCCGGGUCCGGGUCACGCUGGGCAGCAGCUGCAGGAGGGAAGCCCAGACAACCCUCACCACAGCCACUUCCACCAACUCCUCCUGGAGGGAUUCCCAGGCGCUCCCAGGCCAGGCGAGAGAUAUAAUCCCUCCACCUGGUCCUGGGCCGGCCACAAGGUCUCCUCCCGGUGGGACAUGUCCAGAACACCACUAAUGGGAGGCGUCCAGAAGGCAUCCUAACCAGAUGCCCGAGCCACCUCAGCUGACUCCUCUCGACGUGGAGGAGCAGCGGUUCUACUCUGAGCACCUCCAAGUGUCCAAGGUUCUUACCCUACCUCUAAGGCUGAGCCUGGCCACCCUGCGAAGGAAAGCCUUGUAUCCAGGAUCUCGUUCUUUCGGUCAUUACCCAAAGUUCAUGACCAUAGGUAAGGCUCGGCAUGUAGCUCGACCGGUAAAUCGAGAGUCUCGCCUUACGGCUCAGCUCUUUCUUCACCACGACAGAUCGGUUGAGUGUCCACAUCAUUGCUGACGCCGCUCCGAUCCACCUGUCAAUCUCCUGCACCAUCCUACCCUCUCUCCUAAACAAGAUACCGAGAUACCACCUGAGGCAGGACCUCCCCUUUGACCCGGAGAAGGCAAUCUACCUUUUUCUGGACUAAGCUCAUAAUUCAUUUUUUUUCUCUGAAUCAGACUUCUCUCCUUGUCCUCGUAUACAUGCAGCUGAGAAAACCCAAUUAUUGACGUGAACGUGUCCUCCUCCCCAAAACUAGGGGACGAUAUGGGUCUUUUCAGCGACCCCAUAAAACCAUCAACAACAACAGCAGGUCUGUGCCAGACGUCAGAAGUGUCUACAACUGCUGCUGGGCAUUUUGGAGAAACAAGAAGAUGGAGCAUCGUACAGCGUUGUUUUUGUCCGACAUGAUGGACGCACUACUUUUUCUGCAGAUGAGACGCAUGCGACUCCUCUUCUCUGGUGUUUUUGUUCCAGGUUUACAGGGGCGCGGCGUAAGUGCGCAUGCAUUGUCCGAUCAUACUUCAACUACGCUGGCUACAUGGUAGAGAAAAUCGAAUCCCAAUCUUAUUAUCUGGAUGUCUUAAUAGGAGUUCUCCAACUGUAACCGGAGUUCUCAAACUCCGAUUACCAUCUGACUAAGGUCAUCACAUGCACUUCAGUUGUCAGAGAUGCUGGAUUUGGCCUUGACCAAGCUGGGUGGUCCCUCUACUCUUUAGAGAGGAGGAUGCAGGGUCCAGGAUUUCCAGUUCUUCAUUGAAAGGACAACUGAGGUUCUGGACUUACUUUCGCCUAGUUAAAACAUCUCAAGUAAGUCCAGUUGUCCUUUCCAAUAAGAAUGACAGAUUUUGAUUCAUCAGGAUCCUGGUUCUAUCUGGUUUCCUCUCUCUGGUUAGAUGUUCCUGGUAGCAAAUUUUUUUUUCGUUGGAUGGUAGGAGAAGGUCCCGCCCUCCUUUGCCUCUGAUUGGCUGGAAGUUCUAGGCUCAGAUUGGCUUAUGUCUGUGAAACGUCAUUGUCUGUCUGGUUAGGAGAUUCAGAAUUGCGAUAAUGUUCUGUAAUGUUCUGUUCGAUGUACAGAGCCGACAGCCCGCUUCCUGGUACCACGUAUGAAAUGACUUCCUGUCUCAUGUCCACCCUGGUUCACUAACUUCCUGUUUCCGUGUUUAUGUUUCAGGGUAAAUUUUACCGCUGCACAGACGAAGCCAAACAUACUCCUGAGCAGUGCAAGUGAGUCUGAAAGUCUCUGAAACUCUGAGGAAGAGCUUUGCUCGACAAACGGAGACUUGACACCAGCUUGUGUGUGUGUGUGUGUGUGUGUGUGUUUAGGGGGACAUUUGUGGUUUAUAAAGACGGAGAUGUGAACCACCCGAUGGUCAGAGAGAGGAUCUGGCAGAACAGCGACUUUAACUUUGACAACGUGCUGAUGGGGAUGAUGGCACUCUUCACUGUCUCCACCUUCGAGGGCUGGCCAGCGUGAGUUUUUGAAUUUGAAUUUACUCUAUCAAAAGUUGUAGGGACGCUGUGAGCACUCACCACUUCAACCCCUGUGUGUCCAGGCUGCUGUACAAAGCCAUUGACGCCAACGGGGAGAACUCAGGUCCUAUCUACAACUACCGGGUGGAGAUCUCCAUCUUCUUCAUCGUCUACAUCAUCAUCAUAGCCUUCUUCAUGAUGAACAUCUUUGUGGGUUUUGUCAUCAUUACCUUCAGAGAGCAGGGAGAGCAGGAGUACAAGAACUGUGAGCUGGACAAGAACCAGGUAACAACUGCACCAGGAUCAUCUUGAAAUUUCAAAUGGCUGGGAAGAAUAUUCAUGCCGAUUUUCACACUUGUAUCACCAACUGAACGAUUCUGAUUCUGUGUGUGCAGCGUCAGUGUGUGGAGUACGCCCUGAAGGCCCAGCCCCUCAAGCUUUACAUUCCAAAGAAUCCGGUCCAGUACAAGUUCUGGUCCAUCAUCAACUCGACAGGGUUCGAGUACGUUAUGUUUGUCCUGAUCCUGCUCAAUACGGUGACCCUGGCUAUUCAGGUGAAAAUCUGACUGUUUUUUUCCUGCCUGUUUGAAGGUUUUUUUGAGAUUUUUUGCAGGACUCAUGCUGUUGUGUGUUUUGGUUGUGCAGCACUAUGAACAGUCAAAGACCUUCAGUUACUGCAUGGACAUCCUGAACAUGGUGUUCACCGGACUCUUCACCGCGGAGAUGCUGCUCAAGCUGCUGGCGCUCAGGCUGCGGGUGAGAACACACAGACAUGACCAAGUCUCCCGGCUAGAAGAGACUGAUUUAAACGAACCCAGGACAGUCAAAGUCAGGCAGCGAGGCCCAGGAGGGGGAACUGUGCUGGAUGAUGGAACAACUGUGUUUUUGUAAAGUUUGAGUUUAUCUAUAAAAACAAAAACUUAUAAACUCACAAAAAAAACCCCACACACCUGGAGCCUCGGCUCUGAGCACAUCAAGCAAAAGGCUCCACCUGCUGUUCUUUGUAGGUAUAACAGGCGAAUGAUACACAACUCUGUGUGUGUUUAUCAAAGAUUUAACCUCCAAUCAAAGAUUAGUCAUUUCUAUGAAAAAACAAGGUGACAGGUUCUGUAGAUUUUUACCGCAUCUAGAACGUCUAUGAAAAGGCUGUAUCCUCUGAUCAUAGCUGAUCGUAACCAUUUAUGUUAAUGUGUCAAUUUCCACAUUUUUUUUCCGUUCCUCUGUGGCUCGCCGGACUCCACAGCUGAUACCAAGAGUUCUAUUUUUUCUCAGACGCCGGAGCAUGCCAGAUAAACAUGUUAAAUCAAAAUUAGCAAAAUCAAUUGGCAUAAUUCACAAGGUAAAGGAUUUAUUGAACCAGUAUGCCUUAUCUAUUUUGUAUUGCUCAAUUGUAGUCCCAUAUAUCACCUACGGCCUGGAAAUAUGGGGAAAUGCAUACCCUACCCAUACGCAACCUAUCUUCAUCUUGCAAAAAAAAGCAGUACGAAUUAUCACCAAUUCAACUUACAGAGAACCAUCAAAUAAAUUAUUCAUUAAACUAAGAGCAUUAAAAUUUAAGGACCUGGUGGACUACAAAAUAGCACAGACCAUGUACAAAGUACAUAAUUCAUUGCCGUGUAAAAUUGUCAAUAUGUUUAAAAAAAGGGAAUGUAGGUAUGAGCUCCGUGGGACACAUUUGAUGGAAAAAAUGAAAACUAGAACCAAGACCAAAGAACAGUGUACUUCAGUUAAAGGUGUGAAUUUAUGGAAUGCCCUUGACGAUGAAUUAAAAACGUGUCAGACUAUUCACAAAUUCAAAUCGUUGUUUAAAAGCAAGGUGAUCGAAAAUUAUAGAAAUAAUGAUUGAGGUUAUGGAUUAAUUUAUAUUCUGGAUUUAAUUUGAUUAUUAUUAUUUUUAUUUUUUCUUUCUUCUGAGUCAUCUUUUAUUCUUUGUUUUGUUGAUGUGUUUUGUUUUUGUUUUCUAGCUAACGUGUGGAGUAAGAUGUUUUGAAUAUUUUGAUUUAGUAAGAAGGAUAGGCGUUAAUAAGCUUUUGCUUCAGCCUAUGCCUUUUCGGUCUGGUUUUCUUUUUCUUUUCUUGUAAUUUACUGUAUAUAUUGAAUGGAUAUGACCAGAUCGAAAUAAACUUCAAAACUUCAAACUUCAAACUUCAAACUUCAAUUCAGCACAGAUUAAACCAUGCUGGAAAGGAAUUUGGGCACAAAAUAAAACAACCGGCUUCUUUUCAAAAUAUAACACUCCGUGUUUCAGACGGAGAUGAACAAGUGAAAGGUUUUAAGACGUCAUUUCACCCCGAUGACACCAUGGAUGAUGAGAUGCUGAUUCUAGAAGUCUAGAAGUAGAUUUCCUCCUCUGGAAGGACACAAUCUACUGCUUAAACUGUAGGAGCUAAGUCAAAACUUUAAGCUACUGAGAUGCUUGACCUGGAGUAACCUGGUUGACGCGCUGCGCUACUGAGUUGACUGUGAGUUGUGAUGAUCAGUGAGAGUCUGUAUGCUGUUCCUUAGAAUAAGCAAACAAAAAAUUUAUUGCGAUGAACAACCAAAUCCAUUUUGCGAUUAAUAUCCAACACUGAACAAAUAAGAAAUACGCUGGCAGGUAGCGGCGCCACAACGCUUCGCCCUUCUGGGUCAAACACCCGCCCACAACAGUGACAUGGCUCUCUUUAUACCUGAGCCCCCAGAUAACAAGACAGCAACACCCAAUGCACACAAAGUGAACUGCAACUCCUAUUAAAAAAAUAUACUCAUACAUAUUUGGCUCCUACAUAUUUGCUUAUGUGUCUGUCUUUAUAGAGACAACUUGUUAUCGCGAAAUUGCACAUGAAUCCGCAGGUUAUUGUGAGCUCUCGUGAUUACUGCUGUCUGUAAUCUGCCACGAAAUUUGCCUCACCAACCGAUCCGGUAGGAAUUAGCCGACGGCGAAAGUCGUCGCUGAUCCGAAUGAGGUGAAAAUUGGGGGUUAGUGGACCCAGCAGACCAGGUUCUGGAGUCUGACAGUCAAAUGUUGUACUGUUAUGGCCUGAGAGAGGAUUUCAGGGUCUCCUUGGUCCUGUUUUUGGGGUCAUGCUCCAAAUGUUUUCAAAUCAGGACCGCAUCAGUCCAGUUCCUCAGCAGGACUCUUCUCCUACAGAGCCAUGCUGUUGUCAGGGUGGGGUUUUUAAUAUUUUACACAAAACAAAGUAAAACCACAUUUUUCCUCCAGUGCAGUUUUUUUUCUGUCUUCCUGUUUGGACUCAUUGUGUCCGAGGGGACUGAAACUGCAGGUGGACUUGACCAAACCCGUACCUUCAAUUGUUUUGAAGUCUGCGUUAACCUUCUGUCUGUCCCUGUCUUCGCAGCAUUACUUCAUCGAUGCCUGGAACUCGUUUGAUGCGCUCAUCGUGGUUGGCAGCGUCGUGGACAUCGUGGUCACAGAGUUUAGUGUGAGUAUUUGUAUGUUCAGCAUGCUGCCCCCUGCUGUCGCUGGGAGGAACCACAGUUCUAGUUCCCUUUUUAACACUUCUGGUCCCUGUCUGAUCCUCUCAGAGUGGGGAGGACAGCUCUCGGGUGUCCAUCACUUUCUUCCGUCUUUUUCGAGUCAUGCGAUUGGUCAAGCUGCUGAGUAAAGGAGAGGGGAUCCGAACACUGCUGUGGACCUUCAUUAAAUCACUGCAGGUUAGUGGGUGGGGCUUAAACAAAGGGGAGGAGCUUAUCAAAGAGCGAUGUAACACCCCUCCUCUCUCUCCAGGCUCUCCCGUAUGUCGCUUUGCUCAUCGCCAUGAUCUUCUUCAUCUACGCUGUCAUCGGCAUGCAGGUGAGGUAGUCCUGCAGGGGGCACUCUGGUCAGAACUAGAGUAAGGAUCCAAAACCUGAACCAGAACCAAACAGUCUGACUCUAAAAUAUCCUGUUCAGUAGAGCUUUAGACCUGAUGAUGAUGAUGAAGAAGAAGAAGCGAUUGUCUCUCAUGGAGCCAGUUCGUGGUGAUUGACGUAAACUGAGUUUCGACUGAAGAGGAGCUGCUGCUUCUAAAGGUCUUUUCUCUGGUUUUCUCUGUCAGACAUUCGGGAAGAUUGCGAUGCAGGAUCACACUCAGAUCAACAGGAACAACAACUUCCAGACGUUUCCUCAGGCGGUCCUCCUCCUCUUCAGGUCAGAUCGUUACUCCUCUUUCCUUUUUUUCUGAUCUGAAGUAUUUGUUGACGGUCUCAUGUAGGCUGCUGGUUUCUUCCUUUGAGGCCUGGGUGGUCAGUCUGGGAUGGUCGUAUAGGGGGUCUUUGCUGCUUCCCCCGACCUUGGCUUUACUCACAUUAAACAGAGGGGUAAAUCCGACUGAAAUAAGUUCUCGAUGUAAGUCUGAUUUUCACUGCAUCCAGAACAUAUAAGCAGUAGAUUGUGUCCUUCCAGAGGAGGAAAUCUACUUCUAGACUUCUAGAAUCAGCAUCUCCUCAUCCAUGGUGUCAUCGGGGUAAAAUGACGUCUAAAAACCUUUUACUUGUUCGUCUCCGCCCAUUUGCAUGGUGUGAAAUACGAUCCGUCUGAAACACGGAGUGUUUUAUUUUGAAAAGAAGACGGAUAUUUUAUUUUUUGUCUGUGCCCGACUUCCUUUCCAGCACGGGUUAAUCUGUGCUGAAUUUAUCCAGCAUGCUCCGGUGUCCGUAAAAAAUAGAACUCUUGCAAUCUGCUGCAGAGUCUAGCGAUCCGCAGUGGAACAGAAACAAGAUGGUGGAAAUUGACACAUUAACUUGAAUGGUUACGAUCAGCGGAUACGGCCUUUUCGUAGCUGUUCAGGAUGCGGUGGAAUUUGGGGAUGAGAGCAGAUCCAGUGUUGUUCGAUUCGGUGACAAGACUCCACUUCUUCAGUUUUCCUCGAACUAACACACCUGACAGAAGCUGCAGAGUGGUAUCAAAUAUAUGGGUUUGGUUUGUCUUUAUAUGCAGGUGUGCCACAGGUGAGGCAUGGCAGGAGAUCAUGUUAGCAAGUCUUCCAGGUAAACGCUGCGACCCUGAGUCCGACUGUGAACCAGGAGAAGAGUUCAGCUGUGGGAGUAACUUCGCCAUUGUUUACUUCAUCAGCUUCUUCAUGCUGUGUGCUUUCCUGGUCAGAAAAACACACACGGGCGCAGACUUACAUCAUUCACGCCGUCAUUAUGUUUACGCUCCGUUUUUGCCUCCUCAGAUCAUCAACUUGUUCGUUGCCGUCAUCAUGGACAACUUUGACUAUCUGACACGUGAUUGGUCAAUUCUGGGACCCCAUCAUUUGGACGAGUUUAAGAGGAUCUGGUCGGAAUACGAUCCAGAGGCCAAGUAUGUUUGACCACAUUGUCUCGAUCAGUUUGUGGUUAGCCUAGCUUUGCAUUAAACCAUUUUAUUCUCUUUUUAGACAUUUUGGCUCAGCGUUCCCUGUUUCUGUCUGAGUUGUAGUAAAGCAGUACCUUAAUGUUGCCUAUUUCAGGGGUCGCAUUAAACAUCUGGAUGUGGUGGCUCUGCUCCGGAGGAUUCAGCCUCCUCUGGGUUUUGGGAAACUCUGUCCCCACAGAGUGGCCUGUAAGGUAAAAUACAUAAAUCAAACCAUUUACCAGGAAUUUAAAGACAUCUGGUUAGUUUUGGGAUGUAGGUCUGAGAGGCUUUUUGGUCAGUGUAGACACCAUGAAUGGGCCCACCUGUAUCAAAUGUCUCAAGGUUCUCCUGGGUGACCCUCAAUCACCAAGUUAAAAAUAACAAAAAACGAUGCCAUCUACAGACCAGGACUGGGCGAUUUGGCAAAAAAAAUUACCAUGAUAUAUUUUGUCAAACUGCCAGUUUUAUAGCAUCUGCACUAAAAACUAAAGAAACUAGAGAUUAGUUCAACAUUUUAUUCACAUACAUCGUAAAUAACAAAGCAAAUUAAAUAAGAUAAACAUGAAAAAUAUAUAAAAAAACAUUUUUACUCAACAAUACAACAAAUAUAGAUAAAUAUUAAAUGACACAGUGAGCUAGUUUACAGUCCUGAGUGUCUCUGCAGGUUAAAAAUCUCCCCCUCAGGGAUAAUGAAGACGCUUUAAAUUGUAAACAUCAGAUGAUGUAAAUGUAGGUGAUAAGGUUGAUUGCUUUGGUCUGAUGUCUGCACCACUAGUUGUAGCUAAACUGCUUAUGUUACUUGUGCUGUGGCAGUGACAGGCUGUACAGACACCCUGCCCACAUUUUCAUGUUUUCCUCAUAAUCACUCCGGAAGAACUUUCUCAAAUAAUUAAAGGUGACCUGCCAUAAAAAUGUAAUUUUUGUGUGUUUUUGUGUCAUAUAAGGUCCAUAUUAUGUUCGUCUUAUGUUGUAAAUGUGAAAACAAACCGUUAAGUCGUUUGCAUUCUGUAAAGGUUUAAAAUAAAGGAACGGGUAAACCAGGCCAAUUGAAAAAGCAGGUCCUUUUGACGUCACGCUGACCUUGCUCAUUGUUAUUCACGAGCGCGUCCUCAGCGAGACCCAGCUACCACUGUAUCCGCUAUGGAUCUCUUCCAAACGACCAAGUUCAAGUUCAAGUUCAAGUUCAAGUUUCUUUAAUCGCCACACGGCUAGGCCGGUGGAAUUUUUCACAGUGCAGGUGGUAGCUGCGACAAUACACCAGAUAUUAAACAGACAUUGCACAGUUUACAGUGACAUGACAUGACAUAACAUGUGAAACGGGGUAACAUGGGACAUAUAACAUAAAACAUAAAACACAGACUUCACACACGUGGACCAUACGAGUUGAGCAGUCGUAUGGCAAGGGGGAAGAAGGAGUUAUUGUAGCGCUUUGUUGAACCACCCAGAGAUCCAAACCUUCUACCUGAGGGGAGGAGCCGGAAAAGUUGGUGAGCUGGGUGUGGUGGGUCAUCAAUUAUUUUGUAUGCCCUUGUGAUGGUGUGGUGUUUGUGGAUUGAGUCCAGUGUGGGGAGUUCACAGUUAAUGAUUUGACCGGUGUUUCCUUGGGUUCACUGCCGUGAAAAUGAACAGAAUGAAUGAGAAAACACCGCUGGAGAUCUCCGGCUUCUUCUUCAACUUCCACCUCCUCUUCUGACUCGGGGUCUAAAACAUAUGGUUUAAUAUAUGUCUAUGUCUAUGUCUAUUAUGUCUAUUAAUAUAUGUUUAAUAUAUGUUAUAUGUCCCCGAUUUAAGCGUUUCAUGAAUGAGAGCAAAAAUGUUGCGUGUGGGCUCGAACAACGGUUAUUACAGUAGCCGAAUAGGUAGGAAGCACAAGUAAGCAGUACUGAACAACAGUUCUUACAGGGGUUAUUACAAGGGGCAUGCGCUGCUACUAAAUAGUACCGAGACUUUGUCUGUGAUCACACAGCCCCUGCAGCCCCUGCACCCUCCCCGCAGCCGCCGCCGCCGCCGCCGCCGCACUGAAUAUCCCCGGAUAUCAUUACAGACAUCUGGGCACCUUACUUUAGCACACAUUAGCAAAAUGGAUAAACCGAAAUCUGAACCUCCACUGCUGAGCCAAUCAGAGCACGGCAGGCUUCACAGCUGCGAUCCAAUCAGAGCAAAGCUCAUUACCAUAAAUGCUAAUGAGCCAAAAUCAGUUGGUUUUCCUGUAAGGUUUUUUAGGCAAACUAAAACAAACCAUCAAAUAACUUUUCAGCUAAAAUUAUGUUGCAAACAUGAUCAGAGGACAUCAAGGAUUAUGAAAAAAUGAUAAAAAUGGGUAUGAAAUUUGAAGAUACCAGAACCACCGCCACACAACCGACAUUGAAUAACUUUUCUUCUCAACAAUAACAUCUUCAGAGGAAGACUCAAAGUCAUGGCUGACAUCUAUUUUGCUGCCCUCUGCUCCACGUUUAGCUCCACCUUUGGUCGUUCUGUUUACUUCCUGUUUACUUCUCCGGCAACUUACAGAAGUAAGCAGGAAAAGCUUGACUCUGAUUGGCUGUUGUCACGCACAUUUCCACCAUGUUUGAUCGAGUAAAUAUGCUCACAGCUGAUCACCGUGAUCGAACUAAUAUUCAUCACCAUCAUUAAUCGCUCAUUCCUACUCCAGACGCAGUCAGACAAUUACGUUUUUGUGUUGGUGUGUGAUCAGGUUGUUUUUACCUGUCUGUUUGGCCAAUCAGAAACUAGUAUUGGACCUGCGAGGUGAUUGAUAUGAAGGCAGGGUAAUGAUCAGUGAUCAUCCAUCUGGAGUCCCACAGGGAUCUGAUCUGGGUCCUCUUGUGUUCACGAUGGCUGUAACAGAAAUGCUUUAGUAGAUUACCAAUAAAGUUGACGCAGAGAGGUGAUAACAUCUGAGAAAUCGAGAGUAUACCGAUCUGAUGGUCAGGGUGUGCAGCUAGCCCCGAGCAUUAUGAUCCGACUUGUUUCUGUGGAAACAGGAAAUGAAGGAGGUCAGAUGGGCUGGUGAACUUUGCACAACUAAUCCUCACACUGCUUCUCCUCCUCAUCCUCUCCAUCAGCGUCUGGUAGCGAUGAACAUGCCUCUGAACGCUGACGGGAUGGUGACCUUUAACGCCACGCUCUUCGCCCUGGUCCGCACCGCCCUCAAGAUCAAAACUGAAGGUAUCUGAUUGGCUGACGCAUGCUGAUGUCACAGUGUUAACGAUAAUGUCAGACUGAUGCGAGACAGCUGUUUGCUCUGUUGCUCUGACUCUUUAGCAAAUCCAAACAUUUCACUGACAAUAAGUCCCAUACUUACAUAUGACCCACCCAUUUCGUGCUGUUGCUAGGUAACCCUGAGCAGGAGAACGAGGAGCUGAGGGCAAUCAUCAAGAAGAUCUGGAAGAGAAUGAAACCAAAACUGCUGGAUGAAGUAAUACCACCUCAUGAAGGUACUACUACUACUACUAAUACUACAAAAUACUCUAACACACGUAUACUUACACACCUGUCUCACCUGUCUGUGUUUGUGCAGAGGAGGAGGUGACAGUGGGGAAGUUUUACGCCACUUUCCUGAUUCAGGAUUAUUUUAGAAAGUUCAGAAAGAGGAAAGAAGUCGGAGACAUAACAGGAGAGGCCAACGCCACCAAUCCGUCAGCUGUACAGGUCUGUUAACAUGUCUGUUUACCUGUCCCUCUGUUGACCUGUCUGAUUACCUGUCUGUCUGUUAACAUGUCUGUUUACCUGUCCCUCUGUUGACCUGUCUGUUUAUCUGUCUGUCUGUUAACAUGCCUGUUUACCUGUCUGUUUACCCAUCCAUUCUUUUCACUGCCCCAUGUUUACAAGUGUAAAUGUACACCUGAUUGUUCACCUGUCAGUCUUUGUGCGCGUGUGUGUGCGUGUGUGUGUGUGUGUGUGCGCGCGCACACUCUCAGCUGUGUAAAGCAGGUCUAAAGACUCUGCAGGAUCUGGGUCCUGAGAUGCGUCUGGCCCUGAAUGAGGACCUGGAGGAGGAGGAAGAGGCCAUGAUGGAGGAGGAGGGGCUGGAGGAUAACUCAGGCUAUAAGGUUGGUAUUAAAGAUGGCGGUGGAAUGGUUACAUAAAGGGUUAAUUAAUGGACCAUUCUGGGCUGGAGUCUCUGUUAGGAGCAUCAGGAAUCUGCAGUUUUCUGGUUUAACUGGAGUUUCCUUUAGGGGGAAAACGGUUAUGGACCCGAGAAAGAUCGACGCAGCUCUUUACUGACGCCCACAGGUAAACACCCUGUGACAUCAUCCUGUUUCUAUAGUAACAUACAGCAGGUUUUGUCUCAUCAGCUAACACACGGUCAUUUUCUUCAUUUGAGCUUUAGCAUUAACCGUGAAUACGAACAGUAUCUCUGCUUCUAUAAAGUUACCUGGAACAUCAUCUAAAUACACACUUUGUCCACAGAGGGCGCCAAAAUCAAUUCAAACUAAAGGAGCUUUAAUCAUUUGUUGUCCUGCAGGCCCAGGAGGAGUGGUGGGUGAUGGCGCCGUGUCAAACGGCGGUCUGAUCCAUCGUGUCGGCUCUCUUACCAAGAUGCCAAAUGGCAGUGAACACGACGAUCACUAUCGCUGUGGAGACAACACAAGGUCUUCUGGCAAUCAUUACCAUCACCACCGCCCGCCAGGAAAGAACGGCCUACUGGAUCACACCUACAAGAGACCGUCAUCGUACCACCGUUACAGAAGGUAUGCUGUGGUAGACAUGAGUCCCCGAAUUACUCAGUCAUAGAUGUUCAUGUCUGUUAUUCACCUAGUUCUUUAACAUAGAUCAAUAUGAAAAAAGUUAUCAAUCACAGUUUGAUUGACAGGUGCCUCAACCAAUCAUAAUUUAUCUUUCUGCAGGAGGGAUUCAAGGGAUCAAUACUGGAGGAAUGGAGACAUGGAGGUGUACGGGGAGCAGGGAUACUACAGCCGGGAGGAGGGCAACGACAGCAUCACCACCAGAGACAGGUGAGACACUGACAUCUGACAGGUAACAGACAGGUGAGACACUGACAACUGACAGGUAAAGGACAGGUGAGACACAAACAACUGACAGGUAACAGACAGGUGAGACACAAACAACUGACAGGUAACAGACAGGUGAGACACAAACAACUGACAGGUAACUGACAGGUAUGACACUGACAUCUGACAGGUAACAGACAGGUGAGAUACUGACAACUGACAGGUAAAGGACAGGUGAGACAACGACAACUGACAGGUAACAGACAGGUGACACACCCACAACUGACAGGUAACGGACAGGUGAGACAACGACAACUGACAGGUAACAGACAGGUGACACACCCACAACUGACAGGUAACAGACAGGUGAGACACCGACAUCUGACAGGUAACAGGCAGGUGAGACAACGACAACUGACAGGUAACAGACAGGUGACACACCCACAACUGACAGGUAACGGACAGGUGAGACACUGACAUCUGACAGUUAACGGACAGGUGGUACACCGACAACUGACAAGUAACAGACACGUGACACACCAACAACUGACAGGUAACAGACACAUGACACACCGACAUCUGACAGGUAACAGACACGUGACACACCAACAACUGACAGGUAACAGACACAUGACACACCGACAUCUGACAGGUAACAGGCAGGUGAGACACAGACAACUGACAGGUAACAGACAGGUGAGACACAGACAACUGACAGGUAACGAACAGGUGAGACACAGACAACUGCCAGGUAACAGACAGUUGAGACAUCAAACACUGACAGGUAACGGACAAGUGACACACCCACAACUGACAGGUAACAGACAGGUGAGACACCGACAUCUGACAGGUUACAGACAGGUGAGACACUGACAACUGACAGAUAACAGACAGGUGAGACACUGACAACUGACAGGUAACGAACAGGUGAGACACUGACAUCUGACAGGUAACAGGCAGGUGAGACACAGACAACUGACAGGUAACAGACAGGUGAGACAACGACAACUGUAAGGUAACAGGCAGGUGAGACACAAACAACUGACAGGUAACAGACAGAUGAGACAACGACAUCUGACAGGUAACGGACAAGUGACACACCCACAACUGACAGGUAACAGACAGGUGAGACACCGACAACUGACAGGUAACAGACAGGUGAGACACUAACAGGUAAUGGACAGGUGGGACACAGACAGGUGUGGGGGCUGACAGGUGUUCUGAUGUAUCUUUGCAGACAUUACCAUGAUGAGCCUCCUCUGUACAGAGACCAUUAUGAUGGCCACAACCCCUACAGCAACAGUAACUAUGGUAACAGCUACAAUGAGAGCAGAAGGACCACCAGGAGGCGUUUACUUCCUGCUACACCUACAGGUGAGGUGAUAUCCCAUGAUGCUCUCUUUUGGCAGCUGUGUGGGGGUUGGCUGAGACAUGAGCAUAGACAUUCACUCUUUCCCUACAUCAUUAAAAUGUGUGGUGACCACACAGUAGCAUGGUGACUGACGCAGGUCAGUCUGACCCACUCUGAUGUAGUCUAGGAGAAAACUGUCAUCUCCAGUUGUACCUAGACUCUCUCUCCUUCUGCUUCACUAACGAUAAAUGACCGUAAGUAUAACAUUUUCAUGAUGUUAUUCGUAAAAGGGUCCCGUCCAUGUUUGUUUCGUUGUUGUCCGUCAGGUCGGAAGCCAUCGUUUAACAUCCAGUGUCUGAGAAGGCAGGGCAGCAGUGACGAUCUGCCAAUUCCGGGGACGUACCACCCCACCUCCCCACCACGCCGCGCACGCAUGCAGGUAACGCACAUGUGUAACACCACACCUGUUUCAAGCAGACACCUCUCUUCCUAGUUUUAACAGUACCUUCCUCUCCUUCCUUCUCCUCAGCAAACGUACAGCAGUUAUGAGUCACGACACUCGACUGGUCCAUCUCCUGCAGCAUCCUCGGCAUCCUGGGCGAACCCGUGUCCACGCCGAGGUCGCCUCCUUUAUGCUCCCCUCAUCCUGGUGGAGGAGGAAGGCAGCCCACCCUGGGGAGGAGGAGAAAUGAAGAAGGGAGGAGCAGGAAGAGGUGAGUGACUGUAAAAGAAGAAAAAGGAUUGUUUGAUUUUGGCUCCACACUGCUAGCAUGUUAGUGUGGCUUGCCAAUAAAACGACAACGAUAUAUAUCUAAAAUUAAUUUCCUUCAAUAUCGAUAUUAAACAUGGUCAAUAUGCUUUUCAAUAGAUGGCAUUCUGCCAUGUUUUGGUAGACUAUAUGAAUAGCCAAUGAAAAGGGGAGUUGCUCCUGGUCCGCUUCGCGCUGAACCAAUCAUGUGCUGAAUCAGAACAAAGUAUCAAACAACUGUGUCGUAGCAGACAGCAGCUCCACCCAACCAUAGCACUUUAACAGGUGAAGCCGACAGCACUGUUGGUGAGAAACAAAGAAAAUGAGUGCUACCCCCGACAGAAAUGACCAUGAAGGCUCAACAGAUGACGACAUCGUCGACAACACUGGCACGAAAACGUCGGUGGUGUGGAGGUAUUCUGGUUUUUUGAGGUCGGACAUGAAGCAGAGUAAUGUGUACAGAAAAUUAUGUCGAGUACAUGUUCUCGUAAAGUCGGGGAAUACCUCAAAUCUUUUUCACCACCUGAGGCAGCGUCAUGCGGCAGAACGCACGCAACACAAAAGGUUACAAACCUGAGCGGAGCAAGGAGCCCAUGGCGCCUGUGCAGCGGAAACAGCCAACCAUUCAGUCUGCUUUCUCUAGAGCGAACACCUUACGACAAAACGUCAAAGAGACACAAAGACCUCACAGAUGCAGGAGAUUAUUGUACUGCAAAAGACAUGCUACAAAUAGGCACUAUUUAAUUUCAUUUUUUAUAUCGUGAUAUAUACCAAUAUCAACUGAUAAGAAAAAAUAUAUUGUGAUAAACUUUUUCACAUAUCGCCCAGCCCUACAUGUUGGCAUCUUGUAUUUCACCCAGACUUGUUAAAAACACUGGAGCAUGAGCUACGAGAUUAAAACCUGACCUCAUCCAGACAGGAAGUUGUUAACUCUAACUCACCAGGCAUGUUACUGUCGACAGGUGUCAGUGUGACAGGUGCAGCACCCAGACCAGCCUGGUAUGGCAGCCCUGGAGGGACAUCAGGUAAGGAUGAACUGUACAGCAGCAUGAGUGUGCACUCGUCCCUGUCAUUUUUCUUUUUCUCAAACUAACGAACCAAAAAAUUCUUAAGAAAAGUUCAACUUAACUCCGAAUCAUUAUACAAAGCCAUCAUCACUGUUGUCUGUUCCUGAGCGUGUCAUGUGACUGUGGUUGUGUUGCAGCUCCGCCCCCCUACAGAGCGUACACCACCCUCAGAGUCCCAUCGCAGCUCAGCACUCAGCUCACUGAGAAGCGAGGAUCAGCUGACAGUCUGGUGGAGGCGGUGAGGAAGCAUUAUGAGAUUCAUUGGUUAGUGAUCUUUGAACUCUGGUCACUGAUUGGUCGAUCUCUCUGCAGGUUCUGAUCUCAGAGGGUCUUGGUCUCUACGCUCGGGAUCCAAAGUUUGUGGCAUUUGCAAAGAGGGAGAUUGCAGAUGCAUGUCACAUGACGGUGGACGAGAUGGAGUCGGCCGCCAGCGACCUGCUCGGCACCAGGAGCCACAGUUUUCUUGGCAACUCUGCUGCUGACCCUGCCGCUCUCUACAGUGAUGAGGAGCCAAUCAGGACGGGUCGGGAUGAGGAAGAGCUGGCUGAUGAAAUGACCUGUGUGACAUCAUUCUGAUGAGCUGAGCGUCUGGACCAAUCAGGGAUAAGACUGAGGACGCAUCGCUGAUUGACAGGACAGUGAAUCAUUUAGAUGGCAAGAAAUAGAAGAGGAAGGGGCUUAAGUGGAGUGAUGUGAUGUAGACCUUAGGUUUCUGACCAAUCAGAGGGGACAUGAGAUAAAGCAGAGACAGAAGAAGACUUUCAGAAGAGAAAGAGGAAGUGCAGGAGGACGAGUGGCAAGGAGACGUCGUCAGAGUUCACAGAUACAGGACGGCCCCCAGCGGAGUCUGGCUCAGAGCUGUCAGGUCUCUAUGGUGACCGGUUUUGUCUCUUGAUUACAAAGCUGCACUGAAUCAGGUUUUACCCAUAAUGCAUUGCUAGUAAUUUUCCAGUUGUAUUUUACCUGAAGGAUUAAGUAAUGACAGUAACUGAUAACAAGCUAAAGAACGCUAACCACAACCUAAAAGGGCAGCCGUUUCAAUAUGGAGCCUCUCAUUGCCGAUAGUUCGCAGACUCACAUCAGACUUAAUUUUACACAGGCAUAGACUUGAAUGCUAUGCUCACUGAUCAGUAACCUCCAGUGUUCAACAAUGAAACUUAUGACACAGUUCCAGAAACUGCAGUUCCUCUAGUGUCCACUAGAGGCUGUCUCCUGCAGUGAGUCAGUCCUCAAAGAGCCCCAUGUUAAAAGUUUACAGCAGAAAUAAACAUGUGUUCCUGGGCACAGGAACACUUUGGGCCUCUACAGCUGAUAUGUUUGGGUUCUGUUUGAGAUAGGAGUAUUGAAUACAUUUACAUAAAUGUAGGUGUGGCCUCUUUGACUGACAAGUGGGUUUGGCACAAUUUCGAAAAUGGCACUAACACUCCUGUAAACUCUGACAAAAUCAAAGACAACUUAAACUAAUCACAACCAGAGGAGAGGACUGGAGGAGGCGGUAACAGGACUAAAAAUGCUGUUAACAUGUCUACAGGAUUACCCUUCCUCCACUAAAAUCAUUUAACAAAGAACAAACACUACAAGAGUUUAUAGUAACCAGCAAAGAUAAGGAUAUCUCUCUUACUAUGACAGACCUGAUCAGUAUAUAAAGUGUCUCCAGAUCGGGUUAACACCACGGACCUAACGGCGCUCCCAUCGCCACAGAAGCCGUGAUCAGGUGAUCCACGCAGCACAAUAGUACGUUUACAUGAAACUUGAGAAAACCAAAUUAUUGCCUAUUAUUUCUCAGAUUAAGACCGGACAACUGAAGUGCAUGUAAACACCUUAGUCUGACUAUAAUCGGAGUUUGAGGGCUCAGAUUGGAGUCGGAAACCUCCGAUUAAGAUACCCAGAUAAUGAGAUUGGAAUUCGAUUUCCUCUACCAUGUUACCAGCAUUUUCGGAGUAUGAUCAGACAAUGCAUGUGCGUGUGCAUCUCAUCUGCAGAAAAAGUCGUACGUAAAUCAUGUACAAAAAAACAAUGCUGUACAAUGCUCCAUCUUCUUGCUCCAAAAUGCCCAGCAGCAGUUGUAAACACUUCUGAUGUCUGGCACACACCUGCUGUUGUUGUUGACGAUUGUAUGAAAAAACCCAUAUCGCCCCCUAGUUUUGGGGAGGAGGUCACGUUCACAUCAAUAAUUCGAUCUUCUCAGCUGCAUGUAUACGCAGACAAGGAGAGAAGUCUGAUUCAGCGGAAAAAAACGAAUUAUGAGCUUACUCCGAUUGAAAUGUGUAAGUACGUAAUCGCACUGAGUAUAAACAUCAGUCACAGUUAGUCUAAUAAUUAGCACAAAGCAGCUCACAGCAAUGAACCCUGUAGAGCGGGUGUCGGGUUGAAACAGUGCUGUAAGGUCAUUUUAGCAUCCUGUGCUGCCCCCUGGUGACCAAAGCUAAAGGUGAAACAUUAAUCUUUUAAUUGAUUUUCCUUUUAAUCCUUUAAUUCAAUUGAACAAGCAUCCUCCAGAAAAAGUCCAUUAUAGUUCAGUAAAGUUUGUGAUGGUAACUAGAAAGUUUGCAUGUGAAAAGUUUACAUAUUUUGAGAUGUUUUUAAGCUAAAUUGAGGAAACGGCGCAGGAGUAUGAUCUGUGUUGAAGGACAUGAAGGAGUUUUUCUACUGAUGCUGCUGGCAUCGUUGGCUCAUUAAGCAGUGAGCAGGAUUAUGCUUCUUAUUUUAUGUGUAUUUUUAUCACCAUGACUGAAGUUUUUGUCUUGAAUCAGACAAUGAACUGAAAAUAUUUUUGUGUUUUUGUUGUUUUUUAAAUGGACCGAAGAAAACUGAGUGUUUGUUCAGUGUGUUUUUUAAAUGUUUGAUAUUUUGUAUUCUGACAACUGAACUGGAUUUUUCUGUCUCUUUGACUACCAACAGUCGGCUGGUGUUUGUGUCUUGUCUGAAUUUUUGUGUUUCCAUCUCCUUUUGGGCUUUUUCUUUCCGUCAGUUUGGACUGUGUCCCAGCAGUUAAGGGCUUUUCAAAUCCAUGCCUCCAUUUCUCCAAAAAGACGUUCAAACUGCCGAUGAGCUGAGGAGCAAACAGCUCGGUCUGAAACCUUCUUUACCUCAAAUAAAGACUGAAAACAAGCCGCUGUCUGACUCAAAUGUCUCUAAAAGUGUUGUUAACGUGUUUGAGUGUGUAAAAAUGUUUUUCACUGAUCGAAAGAGUCAGUGAGGUGGGAAGUAAAAGUCUGAGUGAGCAGCUCCCUCUACUGGCUGACUCAGGUCACUGCAGCAGCUUCUUUAAUUAAGGAGGUUCAACAUCUGGAUUCAGACCUCACAUCUGUGUUGCUGCUGCCUGAGGACCUCUAGAUCUACCGGGACAACUGAGCAGAUUUAUUUUCUCAGCCCUUCACUGUCAUCUGUAUUUGUCAUGUUGUGUGACUUUAGCCUCCCUCUGUAAUGUCUGACUGCUGUUAAAAACCUUCAUUUACAAAACACACCUCUUUAUUUUCAUGUAUCCAUUAUCGAGCAGUCCACUUAAUCAUUGUCAGUGUAGAGAGUGAUUUGUGUAAUAAAAGCAGCUGAGGCAAACCAACCCAAACAGAUCUGUGACGAUAAGACAGCUGCAGAAAAACAGAAUCAAGGCUGUUCGACUGGAGGACUCUUCUUAUUUAUUCUCUGUUUAUCCAUCCAUUUAUGUCCAUUAAUCACUGACUUCUUCGAUCUCAGAGAAUAAAGACCGUAGUUUGGUAAAUGUGAGACUUCAUUCUCAUAACCUUACAGAUUUAUUCCUGUUACACUAAUGAUAAAGCUACAACCUUUUUUAUUAUUAUUACUCAUAAUUUACAACUCCAAUUUCAUGAAAUAAUGAAACAAAUUUAUUCUCAUAUUUGAUGAUUUAAUUUCUAUAUAUUUUGAAUCAUUCCUAUAAUUUCCUCUUUUUCACAUAAUUUACAACUUUAUUCUAAUAAUUUUAAACUUUAUUCUCAUAAAUUUUCUCGUUCUUAAAAUAAACAAUCAUAUCCUGUUUAAAUCAAAUCAAUUAUUAUUCAUUCAUUUACUGCUUUAUACUCACUAAAUGGACCUAAAGCUUGUUCGUUUACUGCAUUAAUUACAUACAUUAAAACCUGAUUAUUGUGGUGGGCCCAAACCUCUUCACACACGUCACACUGAAAAGAGUUCUGGCACGUCUACUGUUAAUGAUUUCACAUCUUCCUGUCGAGUCUGUGUCAAAAUCAGCGCGAAAAUUCAUUGAGACAGUCUCUCCAGCAGUCUAAUAGACUGGGUUUUACUCUGCAGUGAAAUAUUUGAGUUAAAUUAAGAAAUGUUUUCUUUUUUAAAAGGGAUAUUCCAGAGUAAAAUUAAUUUAGGGUCAAACUCACUGUAACACCGAGUUAGACACCCCCUCCAGAGAUGAAUGUUGCCGACCGCUUGCUUCUCUAGUUAUACCAACUUUAGUAACGACCGCAGGAUAGCAAUAUACAGCGUUCUGAGGAGCCAUAAACAAACCUCAACCAAAACGCCACUCUAUAGUCAGGAAUAAUGCUCAGAACAGCACCUAACUUCAUCAACAGGACAUAUAGGGUCCUAGCCAUAGUACUAGCCCCCAAACAUCUUUUUAACUUUGACUUAUUUCUUUAGCAAAGAGACUAAACACAACUCACCUACUCUCUUCCAGCAGCCACUUGUUUCUAGCGAGACCUCAGGCCAGUCCAUUACGGACUACAGCGGGGUGACGCAGCUCAAGGAAGAACAUUUAUUACCAUUUCUUUAUCAUUUCCUUGAAGUAAUAAUCAUCAUAUUAAUCAUUUUCCACUGCAGACGCGGUAGUUCUUCUGCCUUAGCAUCUCGGUCUGAUUGUAUUUCCAUGAAGAAAUGAUCAUAAAUGUUAUUCCUUGAGUUGCGUCACCCGCUGUAGUCCAUAAUG